UUUUUGGAUUUUUGGAUGAACUGAGUCGACGAUCCGUUCUCUAUAUUGAUCUCGGACUGUUUCCGGCCAUCUUGUCCAUCUUUAGGCCGGCGCCGGAUCUGGAGUGGAACACUUUCUACUAAAUUAGUGUUCAUUCACAACAAAUUUCAACCCACGAGGAUGGCUUAAAAAUAGGACUAUAAUUUUUCUGAACGAGGAAGUAGUUCAAGGAGGAAAAAUUUCUUGGCAUUCACGACGAUCGAGGUCGUGUCGUCUUUUAAUUCAUCUUUGAGCUUGACACUUUUAACCAUGAAGGCCGACAGAUGUACCCUGCACCAAAACUUCUUGAGUCCUUUGGUUAACACCGUAAAGUAUAAAUGAUGUAACGCAAGGAAUGGCUUCAAGUUCAAAGGAUGCACAAAGUGAGGGUGAAAAUCAGAAUGAAGCGGUCGACAGCGGUACGGUGUCUGAAUCGAGAGAAACUACAAUUCCAAACCACAGUCGCUCAAACAGCGCUGUGUCUCCUCCAGCAUGGCGUGUUGUGUUUGUAAGCUCCAAAUUGCGCCAUUCUACUGUUCUUAACUCGGCUGCUCGCUCAGCAGUUUUGUUUGUGCCCUACAUUUACGAUAAUACAACACUGGAGUCUCUCCUUCUCCAAGCUCAACAAAAGCUAAAUGGACGAAAAGCUGAAAGUAUCGCAUUUCUAGUUCACGGGCAAGGAAGUAAUACAGUGCUGUGUUCGCACGAUGAUCAGGUAAGCUUAAAUAAUGCGUUUGUUUCACUUUCAUAAACUGUUUUGUACUUUACAUGUCAAAAUCCUGUUGUUUUCUAAGGUUAACCUCUGUCAAAGGUGGCAAUAUCCUAAUGUAAAAAAUACGUUUGCGUUCUGGAAUAAAAUUUUCGAUUUGCCUCUUUAUUCGUGUGUUAAUUACCUGAAAUUCGAUCUAAAGAAAUCUUCCAGACUCCAGACUUAUUUUGAAAUUCCAAUUGACUUAAGUAGCAAGCAGCUGCAAAUCUUGUGCCACCUUUGUAAAUGAGAUUAGCAGAUUGUUGUGUUGACUUUACAGAUCAGGAACGAUGUGUAUUUCAUAUUAUAUUGAUAGCUUGUCUGCCAACUUAUGGUUAAGCCUUUUGCAAACACCAAAUGGCAUUGCAAUUUGAAAAGAUCUUAGUUAUUUGGGGUGUUUUUAUAAUAGAAAAGAAUGAGAACAAUAAUUUUCUGGGAUGAAUUUCUGCAACUAGAUUCUUAUGGAAAUUCAUGCAAAUUCAAAAACAUCUAACUCUAAAUUUGACACUUAUGUCAUAGUGUGUAUGCGAGACACUCGUAGUUUAGGAGCAAUUAUUGCCCAAAUGCAGGUGCAAUAUAAUAUUAAGAGAGGUCCUUAUCUCUGUAAUCCUUUGUGUCAUUUAUGGAGGGUAAAAAUGCAUAACAAUAAAAGCCAUCAUGUUAUUAUUGACAGCAGAGUAAAACUGUCACCAGUGAUUUACCAGUAUUCAGCAACCUUCAGAAUCAAUUGGAAAAAAAUUCAAACACUUGGUAAAUGAAGACAAAAUGCUUACACAUUUAAUGUUGGAAAAGGUGGCAAUUACUGUUGAUACAGUUAAUGCUAGUCAAAAAUCCACAAUCAGAAUGUACUUGAGGCAGGGGAGUGGCGGGUGGGGGGGAGGUUGGGGCUGCCCAGGGUCUUGAAACAUGAAGUGGUUGCUGGGAGAUAAUAAAUACUGCCAUAAUAUGCAAUGCAUGCAGGGCUCAGACAGGACGGUUUCCAAUCAGAAUUGAAGCCCAAUGUAAGAACUUUAAGUUCUGGUUGACCUUAACCAAAAAUGAAAACAAAUUAUCCUAAAUAGCAUACAAUGACAUUAAAUGGAAUGAAAAUAAAGCUUUCUGGAGCAAAAAAAUCAAAAGCUUAUUGGAACAGAUAGGGUUAGGAGAAUUUUGGAAGAAAGCACAAUAUGCGAAGACAGGAAUCGUAAACAUGAUCAGGCAAUGACUUAAGGAUAUCGAACUACAAAGAUGGCUAAGUGAAGUAAAUAACGACACUAGAAAAGAUGCUAACCAAAGCAACAAAAUGAGAACCUAGCGGUUAAUCAAAACAACAGACAAUUACAAAUGUGAAGAUUACCUAGUAGACAUCAGGUCACCAAUACGUUACACAGAAUAACUCUAACAAGACUGUGUCUUAGCAACCACAAAUUAGUUAUAGAGACAGGGUGUUAUUCGAGGCCAUUUAAGAAACCUGAAGAAAGAAUUUGCCCAAUUUGUAAAAUAGAAGUAGGGGACGAAUACCAUUUUCUAAAUAUAUGCCCUGCUUAUCAUGAAAACAGAUGUUUGUUACUUGAUAAUGUGGUAAAAGAAUAUAGAGUGAAAAUAAGCAGAAUGUCACCUAACAAAAUAUUCAUGUUCCUAAUAAACCCCCCUAGUGGAAAUGCUAGAAUACGAAAACUAAUAGCAAAACAUCUAUUCGAAUGCUUUGAAAAAAGAAAAGACGGCAAAAAGUAAAUACUCUAGGACUUAAUUAAUAACUCAUUAGCCAUAUAUGGUUAGGAAUUUUGUUGUUUGUAAUUUUAGUUAUAAUUUUGGAAAUAGUUGAUAUACUAUUUAUAUUUGUAUAACACUCCAAAUAAAAAACAUGUAUGUAUGGUUGUAUGCAUGUAUAUAUGUAUGUAUGAUCCUAUUUGAGGAUGAGACAAACACAAUAAGGCACCCCAUCUGUAUCCAAGGAUCAUACCAGGAACAUAUUGCCCACAAAAGCACAGAUGAUACCCUAUUUACAUGUAUGGAUCAAGACUGUAAAAACCCAUACCCUCUUGGGUGGCACAUGCCUUUCUAGCUUAUUGGAGUGACCCCUUCCCCCUCAAGGACUGUACUUGACUUACAGUGGUCAGGAAUGUAGCUAAGAGCUCUUUCAGGGUGCAAAGAAAGUCAGUUGUACAGCUUACCAUUCAGGCAAGCUGCAGUUAGCUUCUACUAACAAAAGUCAUUUUAACUAGCCCGAUGAUGAGCAGGGUUGAAAACAGUUCUUUUCUGAUUAGAAUUCCUUAAAAAAACUCACCUGCCAGUCGGGCAAGUUAAGAACAGAAUUCGAUUGCCCGAUAGUAAAAUCCACUAGCCCCGGGCUAUCAGACACGACUUUCCUUGCAUGCUGUCUCUAUGAGUGAAUUUAACUCACUAAGGGCCACAAGUUGAUCAGUAAUGUUUAGUUACUGUUAUGUGUGGCCCUCAUAAAAUCAAGUCUUUUAUUAUUUAUUAUUUUUUACUGAAUGUCAGCCUAUCCUCAGCCAGAAUUUCAUGGUAAACCAAGACAAAGGAGUAAUGUUAAAUAAUGCUCUAAUGAAACGAAUAAAAGAGUAUGGUGUCUUUAAUAAUUAUUGCUCAGUGCGUUAGAUGAUUGUUCUUCAUAGUAGAGCAUCUAACAUUUUAAUUUUUCAGUUAAACUGAAAUUCAUUAUAUUAUUUUUAAAGGUGGUUUUGCUUCAUGCUGUCAAAGAGGUGGAUGAACUUCAAAGUUUCUUUACUGAACUUGUAAAACUCUGUUUAGAUGUUGAUUCUCCUGGAGCCAGGUUAGAUUUCCUUGCCUGUCCACUCACUCAGAGCCCUGAUGCUUUGGAAAUUUUGCAAAUUUUAGAAGAUUUGACGCAUGUAAGUGUUUUCAUUUGCCUUCUUGAAUUGUUGAAAAUUAUCUCUCAAUAUUUUUAUUAAUUUGACAUUUUUUAAAAAAAAUUCACUUACAAACAUUAAAAAAAGUAAGUAAUAUAAAGAGAACAAGCGAGUGGACAAAAAUCAGAGGAGUUUUAGCUGUCAUGCCAUCUUAAACAUACUUGUUUUGCUAUUGGAGAAAUGAAAGGUCUUAGCUUGUUACUUCAAAAAAUAACUCUGAUGUUAAAGGAGCUGUGUCACGAAAUUCAGCCAAAUUAGGACAUUACAAAAUGCCCGUUAAAUUAAGAGGAACAUAAAAAUAACCGCUUAAAACUUUAAUGGAAGGUUAAAAUAACACAACAGAAACAACAGAUGCCACGGAUGGGCAAAACUGAAGAAGAUUGAAACGGAUUGAAAUUAGGAUUUUUGAAAACUGUUCAGCCUAACAGUUUUUCAAAGUUGAUCCCUGCUGCUUGCAACUUCAAAAAUAAUGUUCAAGAGACAUACUUGUUUGUCUCGGGUCUCUGAUUUAGUGAUUUACAUGUAAUUUCUUUGCUUACUUUAAGUUCCAUAGAGAUUGAGGGCGCGUAAUUGGCAAAAUUAAACAAAAUGAACUGGACUGCCGUGACACAGCCCCUUUAACAGUGAUUACGAGUCUUCAUAGCCAAUAACAUCACGGCUUAACUGACAGACGACCCAUAACAUUGCGACAUAAUUGACCAAUCAAAUCAAUAACCCGAGUAUAAUACCAUCAACUGACGUGAUUACAACUCACUUUGACUCUGAAGAUGACUACCGUACAGGUUGUCGAAACGUCAGUCACUGCCAACAACAACAGUCCUAUUCAGGACUACGUUCACCCGGACGAUCAACCUCAACCUUUUGAAAUGACUCCUGGGUUUAAACCUUUCACAGUAUUGUAGUCUGAGAGUAAAUGCAUGUACCCUACCAAUAGAGUUAUAUUUUGUGUUACUUGGACACUUUUUUAGGUCUCUGUUGGCAUGACAAAAGAAAUCAUGGGAACUGAUAUAAGAAGCAGAGGUGAUGAGUCAAGGUAAAAUGCUAGCUGCACUUAUGGAGAAGCAGACAUUUAAAAGCAAAAAAACAAACAAACAAAACUAUGUAACUCUGUGUAAUUCAAACCUCAUGACAAGUGGCCUGUUAUUAGCAUAAUUAUAGCUGUAAUGUUUAUAUAAAAUUUGAAUAAAAAUAUGACCUGAAUACUGAAAUAUAACAGGAAAAUUCUGUGAAAUUUUUGCAGAGAGUGCAUGUUUUCCCAACUGAAUAUUGUAGAGCACUUUAACUUCUGUAAGCUCUUACAGUCUUGUCUGUUUGGUUCAUAAAAGUGUUUUCUCUGAGGCAAAUGAAGAAGAAAAGCUUCCAAGAAAUAUUUUGUUUCCAUGAGAUCAAUAAGUCAUUUUUUUGUUAUUUUCUUUUUUUGUGUGACAGUUUUCACCCAGGUGAACUUUACUUUAAGCAGGAGAAGAUGCGAGGGUGGUCAGGCGUUCCACAGCCAAAUAUUAACAACUUUGAAAAGAUCAGAACUGUUGGAAAAGGUAUUUUAACUGUUAAAUGUAACAGCUAUAUGCUAGUACCUCUGUGCGAAAUUUUGGUGUAGGAGGCUCUGGUGUAUAACCAAACUAAAAUAUUAUGAAGUAGUUGAACAAAACUCUUAGGGCCACUUAAUUAAACAGAGUCUAGCUCGUGUUUAACAAAACCCCGUUCUUAUCCAUUUUCAGUUUGUUCAACGCUUUUAUCUGAUCACCAUUUGUCAUGAGCGAUUUCAAUAAAGCAUAUAGUUUAGACUGGGAAAGCACUUAUUUUCUUAAAUUAACCCACUAGGAAGGAGAUUUGGAGGUCCAAUGAUUUCUUGAACCGCAACCUAAGUUAGACUUUGUUAAAUAACAGAUCCUUAGAUUCCUCUGUAAGUCCUCUAAAAAGCCCUCUUAGAGGUCUAAAAUGUAGGGACAUGGUUAAAUAAACAAAGUGUAUCUUGAAUGGCUGUUGUUUAAGGAGAUUUGUCAUCUCUCCUUUUUUGAAUGAAAUAUGAGGGCACUCAAGCUCCUUUUACAGGACUCAUUAGUUUUUGUCAUGGAACCUCUCAUGACUGGGACUCUUGUUUUUUGGUGAGAAUAAUAUUUGCCAUGAUAAUAUUCUCAUAUUGGGUGCAUGUUUUUAUUUUGACUUUAGGUGCAUAUGGUGCAGCUGUUCUUUACAGGAAAAAGGAUGAUGACUCACUUGUUAUUCUUAAGGAGAUUUCUCUUCAUGAUUUGACAGCAACUGAGCGGCAAAUGGCCAUGAAUGAGGUCUGUCUUUGCAACUGUUGCUCUUAUUACAUAAAGUUGAUUCAAUUACUGGUAAUUCAAACCCUUGAUCACUUGAAUCUCACACUAACUUGGAAAAUGUUCCAUUACAAAAAAAUAAUAUUAUUGAUUUUCCAUGAAAUUGCUCCAAAGGUACUGUACAUAUAUUGUUUGUAAUUCUACCCAUGAUAACUCAGAGAUCCUGCAGCUAACUGAAACAGACCUUACCCCAUCUAGUUAAUUUUCUUGGUUUUUGCCAUGAAAUACACUGGUGAUUUUAUUUUGUGGAUUUCACUUUUCAUUUUUUCAGGCCAAGGUUCUCUCAAAGCUAAGUUUGCAUCCAAAUAUCAUCAGCUACUAUGACAGUUUUGAGGUGGAUGGCACUUUGAUGAUUGAGAUGGAAUAUGCUGAUGGAGGGUGAGUCAAGUCCGUCAUACAUGUACAUUGUACCCACCUCGGGUUGCCUUGGUUACCUCUGUCCUGGCAAUUGUGAUUGUUUCAGUCCUCUUUAUAUUGUACCUCUUUGUAUUUAGAGGUUCAUUUGAAUGCAUUUUUAGACAUUUUUAGACAGUAAUCAACACAAACGUAGAAUAGUUUGACCAUGACAAGUAUUUUUUUACAGUUUAUACUCUGUAAUAGGGGGAGUUAUAAACUCAGCGGAUAUAAAAUAAUUCUGAGACCACUGCAGCCCAAUACACGCUUAGUAUACUGUACAUGUCUUGUUAGAAAAUUAUACAAGUAGUCUAAUAAAAUUAGUGUUUUAGCAAAAACCAACUAGCAUACUACCUUUGAUUCUGUACUAUGUUGUGAUGAAAAUAAUCAACUUGAAUUCAGGAAGACAUCAUUUGUUUGCACAAACAAAGAACUAAAUUUUCUUUCCAUUAGUGUUCCUUUCAUACUCCUUUUUCAGUUUAUUUUCUGGGCAAGCUUCAUUUUAAUAAAUUAAUAAAUUAAUCUUUUUCUGAGAAACACUGCAAAAACAAUUUAUUGAAGAACUUGCUUUUGUUUUUGUUAAACACCAACUCCUUACUAUUUAUCAUGCUGUAGAUGGUGAGUGCAAUGUAUGUUAGCCAGUCAGAUUACAGAAAUUGUGUUACAUGUACAGCUCUGUAUGGCUAUUUAUCUGCUACUGAUUUGUUUUAAAACUGCCAAACCUUUUUGUGCUAAAGAAUAAGAUUCAUAAUUUUCUGCUCAUUUGGAGCUACUUACUGUUGAAUAAUAUUAUUGUUUAUAUUGCAGAACUCUGGCUCAAUACCUGUCAAGGCUAGAGAAGGACAUGGAGGAAAGAGAGAUCUUAAUAAUUUUCCAACAGAUGCUUUCAGCCUUAAGAUACAUUCAUGGGAACAACAUUUUACACAGGUAAGUUAGCAGUAUAAAAUUGUUUGCAUUACCCCUUGUUAAUAUUACUAUAUCAAAACAAAAAAGAGGAUUUGUGAAAAUGUCCUGGAUUUAACCUGGAAUCUUCCAAUAUUAAUAGUUAUUGCCUUCUACCAGGGAUUUGAAGACUGCCAACAUUUUUUUAACCAAGGAGGGUGUGGUCAAGCUUGGUGACUUUGGUAUCAGCAAACAGCUAGAAGGUUCUAAAGCAAACACUGUGCUGGGAACACCUUACUAUAUCUCACCAGAGAUGGUAGGUUACUGAUGUAGGAUUCACUCAUGUUUACGUAGGGCCACAACCACCAUGGUAAAGCCAAAUUCAAGGUUUUUCCAUCCCUAGAAAAUACACAGAGAGUCCAUAUGUGUGAAAUACAAUGCAGUUGGUGGUUGAUAUUUCUAGAGCCUUCACUCAGAAACAGUUUACUGAAUGUGUUUUAAAGCAUACAUUUGGGACUUAUAGAUUGGUCUGAAGUUAUUUUAGCUUCAAUCUUAUUAAUAACAGUGUACCAUUAAUAGCGGUGCACCAAACAUCUACAUGUACUUUUGUUACAAAUCAGAAUUUAAAAAUACUAAGCAAACAUGAAAGGAUGAUGAAGAGGUUUACCUAUGCAAAUAGCCAUUUUGAUAGCCCUUUUAUAAGGAAUGCUUUCACAAUCUUUAUCAAGGUUGUCUCAGGAGUAACAGGGAAUGAAUGUCUGUUCAGAACCACAAAAAUUUCUGUGAAUGCUGCUGUUAAUUUAGUUUACUAAAAGCACCAAUAAAAAUUGACCAACUUUGUCAAGGUCUUGGACUGUCCUUGUCUCAUGAGCUGCCAAUGAAACAAAGGACAAACAGGGUUGUGAAUAAGGGCUGGUAGCUGGCCAAAAACUCCAGCUAGUUAGCCCUCUUUAGCCGGUUACCUUUAUCUCCGUCUACCAUUAGUGCUAACAAAAAAUAAGCACCGUCAAAUAAAAUUGUAAAACAUCCAUUUCCCAGUUUUGAAUGACAUUGAACGCAUAUGCUAACAGGUUUAGAUCUGUAAAACGUUCAAACCGUGCAAUGUCUUGGAAUGCCUGGGACAUUUCAAUGGCAUUGUUCCCAGUCUUGCCUGCAUUCAGAUGAAACAACCUGGCGUCAGCGGUGGAAAAUACCUCUUGAAAACCUCUGGAAACGCCAUUUCCGAGAUUCUAUUUUUCAAAGUGUCCCCAGGUGCCUCAGCCCUCAAGAACUUGUGCUUUGGUGCGAGUCUCUAAAGCUGCCUACUAUUUAUUAUCAGCCUGCUACUUUAAAACUUUUUGACAGCCCUGGACAAAAAUGAACAUGAUAUUGUUUCUCUUUUUAGUUAAUUUAUUAUAUGUACAGGUUUGUGUCUUUUACUUUCAGUGUGAAGGAAAAGAGUACAAUCAUAAAAGUGAUAUGUGGGCAUUGGGUUGUAUUCUUUAUGAAAUGGCGAGCAGACAGAAAACAUUUGAAGGCUCUAAUCUUCCAGCAUUGGUCAACAAAAUUAUGAAGGUACAAGAAAACUCUGAUCUUGUGAAAUUCUCAAGAUUGUAUAGCUAGCUUAUAAAUAAUAGUCAUCAACAUGUGCUAAAAUUAGCAUGUCAUGUUUCUGUGUUUUAGGGUCAGUUUGCACCAAUCAGAGGAAACUACAGUCCGGAAUUUAGAGUUUUGGUUAGUUCAAAAAAUCAUCAUUGGUGCAUGCAUAAUUAAGCAGCUUAUUUUCAUCUGACUUGUUGAUAUGCUGAGGGUUUUUAUCUGUUGACUGAUGCAGUGACAAGAAGAGAGAGUAGGCAAUGAUUUCAGGUGUUGAAUUGUGUUGUGUAACCUAACUAAACAAGUAAAUAGACAAUAGAAACAAUAGUUGUCUAAUUUUGGUUUGAAGUAAGAGAGUGUGACUUGAUGAUUCUCAAUUCCGUGAGUUUCAAAUUUCUGACCUUCAAAGAAACAUAAAAUUUAGACAUAAGUACAUGCAUGAUGUUUACACUUGUUUUAUGGACAAUUUUGCCAAAAAACAGGCUUUAGAGCAAAAUCACCAUUUUCUGCUUAUAUUUUCUCUUUGUUUUAAUUUUCCUUUUUUGUAGUACACGGGAAAAGGACAAAGGACAAUAAUUAGGCAUUAAAGUUUUCUUUUUAUUAUUUCCAUGUCACAAUAAAUGAGGACUUUCUGACUGAAUUUUUUUAGGUCUCAAAGUCUAAAACAAAAUAAUAUGACGUGCAUUUUGCUCAACUUAAUUAAUGUUAAGUAUAAAAUGCAUUAUGGUUGAGACAUUUGUAUUGUUUUAGGUUGGGGAUAUACUACAGAACGACCCUGAUCUGAGACCAGAAAUAGAUGAUUUAUUGAAUGAAAGACUCCCAAAGGUAUGUUAUUUAUGAAAUAAUCUGUGUGUUUGUGAAACACUCUGAAAGUUUAUAAUAUAAGUUUAUUAUUAUUUAUUGUUAUUUUUGUUGGUAACACUUAGUAAUACUGUUUAUACUUUUUUUUAGCUAAUGAAAAGGUUUGAAGACACCAGUGAAGAUGAACUUGGUAGUUCCAUUGAUCCUAGUAACAAACCAAAGAGAAGGUACAAUUCGGUCAGGAGAUCUUCUUCAAAAAUUGCAGACAAAUAUAUACUAAUUAAACUAAUGCUGGUUUUCGACAUCAUACUGUCAAAAAUAUGAACCAAAACUGUUCUGGUGAAUAAGAUCAAGAAUUUGGGAUAUGAUAGAAGAUCAGUAUGUUAACAAUCUUGGAAAUAUAGAGGACCCAUGUUGGUGUUAAAUAUUCAUCCUCUCUUCGUGCUGGGCUAAUGCUACAAAAAAUUACCUGUAGAGAAUGCUAGUAAUGGCACCUAUAUUUUUUACUUUAUUAUUAUUAAUUUCUGUGUAUGUUCUCAUUUUUAGGACACUUUUGUAUUACCUGGACCUGCUUUACACUAACAUGUGCCCUAUUGAAAUACCUGCAAAGGGACAGCUUAGAGAGGUAAGAAUGAAGGUACUACUGCAACAAUUCAAAGUUCAUGCUCUGCAUGAAAUUCUGGAAGUGCUAUGUUAUUUGAACUUCAUUUUACCCUAUAUUUACCUAUAUUUGUAUGAUACUUGCUUGUAGAUGCCACUAUUAGGAAAAAAUAUGUUUUUACAUGUACUUUUUGCUCUUAUUGCCAUUGUUCUUUUAAAACUCUUGGCUAGUUUUGUGAUGCAGAGCAGUCAGAUCAAUUAUCAAGAGGGUUAGAGACUUCUUGUCGGUGCUUUACUAGCAAAUAAAAUAAUGCACUUGAUGGGCAUAGAAUGAACUGGAAAUUCUUCAUACAGUACUUCAGGUCACGUCUCGUGCUGUACUCUUGAAUUCCUUGUUCAUUCCACAGCCAACUUGUUUGUUUAUCUGCCAGUAAAAUGCUCUCAUUAACCUCUAGCCAAGUAAGUCAAUGUUUCAAACAACUCCUAGUGUUACUUUCAUGUUCGUUACAGUUUAUAUUCCAGUGGACUGUCAGUAAUGUCUUAAAAGAUUUGGUUGUUUUCUAUUAGUAACGUUAUUGUACAUAGUUGAUCACACAUUUUGUGCACCACAUCUCUUUUUUUAAAGGUUGCUGUUGGUAGUUCCCAUGUUGCCAUGGUGACAAUGGAACAUGUAGUGUACACGUGGGGUAGCAACUGUUGUGGUCAGCUUGGUCAUGGUGACAGCAACAGACAUGACAAACCAACACAAGUUGAAGCACUCAAGUCUAAAACUAUUUUGAGGUAGGAUUUAUUCAUUUGUCAUCACAGAGUGAUAUUCUUUUUUUUUACCAGCUUUUUUGGACACAGGCCUGCUAUGCCCAGAGGGAAUGUGCAUGAAUGGGACUCAGGUCCCAUGCGAGGUGCCAUCCCUACCCAAUCCCACAACUUGUUAGGGUUGGCCACACCACCAUGGUCUACGAGCCCUACUCUUUUCAAAUAGUGAUGUGGGUUCUUUUACACCCCACAAGAACAAAUCAGUGAAAGUGCUGUGAGAUGGGACCUAUGGUUGUUUUUCAUCCUUAUCUGAGAAGACUAGAAAGUCUAACCAUUGCAGAUGUCAUUAAAUUUUACAAAGGUAGCACUUUCUUCUCAGUUAUUUAAAGACCCUGACUGUUUGUCCGGCUGGGGUUUGAACCCGCAACCUCCCGCUCAGCAGACUGGCACUCUCCCAACUGAGCUAACUAGGCAGCUGUUCUUUUGGUACUUUUUGCUGUUACAGUGAAAAGGAAGGUGUUGACAGACUUAUGGUUUAUAAAGAGAUAGAGACUGAAGUUAAGGUUUAUUGGAUUGCAUGCCCGAUAACUUUUGUGGUUGAUGUUUUCAACUGACAUUUCUUUAAUGUAAAGGGUUAGCUUGAUAAACUGCCCCUAAACACCCUUGGAGAUUAUCGUCCAUUGUACCACUGGUGAUGUCAUGAAUGAAGGAAGACAUACAUAACCUUGGCAGCUAUCUUUUGCAGGGGGUGGAGAUCUUUCAAACAGUACCUGAAUUAGCACGAUUCUGUUUUGAAACAGGCCAAAGGAAAACCCAAAAUUAAACCUCUUAUAAAGUUGAUUAGAAAAUUCCAAUGAAAAAAUAAAUCUUGAAAUUUUGCCUUUCGUGCGUGCCUGAGUAUAGGUAAUAGUAUGGUUUGCAGUGAUAUUUGGCAUAAAUACCACGAGUGAUACUUCGAAAUUGUUAUAUGUAAUUUCACGAGCCAUCAGGCGAGUGAAAUUUGAGACAAUUUUGAAAUAUCACGAGUGGUAUUUAUGCCAAAUAUCACGUACAAAUUAUGCUAUUAUUUGUUUAUACUACUACCCACAAAAGGUUUGUAAUUUUCGCAUGUAGGUAUUUCAAAUUAAGCUGAAAUACCACUGCUCUAAGCCAAUCAGAUUGCAGAAAUUUCUCAUGUAGUAGUAUAAAAGCUGUAAUAACAUCUCAGACAAAAAGCCAGCAUAGCGUUGUCAUGUAAACAAUGUUUUCUCUAGUUUUGGUUCUUUUUGGGUGGAUUGAGAGGAAAAAACAGCUCUACUAGCUUCAAACUUUGCUUUCAACAAAAUUUCCAGGUGUUAAUGGGAUAUUUUGAUUAAAUGAUUAAGGGAUUCCAGUCCAAUUUUAACCAAAAGACUGUAACUCAACAGAAGUUUUGUUUUGAUUUGUCUACAGUGUUUGCUGUGGAGAUAACUUCACUGUGUUUGUCACAGACAAUGGUAUUGUCAUGACCUGUGGCCAGGGCGACUUGGGCUGCCUAGGGCAUGGCGACUGGAUCAACUCAACUAAGCCAAAGUUGAUUGAGGCAUUGUUAAGUUUUGAUGUGACUUCAGUGAGCUGUGGUUCCGCCCAUGUGGCAGUUGUUACUAGUGAAGGUGUUGUUUUCUCUUGGGGAUCUGGCGGUGAUGGCAGAUUGGGAUUAGGGGAUGAAGAAAACCGGUAAGUCAAAUGCAGACAGCAGAGAAAGGGUCAGUUAUUUAAUCUUACAGGUAACAUUCUGCUCUUUGUUAUUCCAGUUAUGUCCAGGUUUGAAUGCAGCUGAAAAUUUUCCAUUUAUGCAAAUCUGGACGUACCUCCAUUAUUACAGUGGCUAACCACUGAUUGAGGAAAUUAAAGUUGACAAAUGUUAGAGACUUGAAGGACUGUAAUGUUAUAGAGUCAACUUUCUCUAAGACAGACACCUUUGGGAUGGGCAUUUAGUGUCUGUGUUAGAGAUAUGUUGGUCUUAUAGAGAGUCAAAUAAAGGAGGUAAAGAAAGACAGGGACCAACUCCAGGUGUUCGCUUUACAGAGGUGUCUCUCUUAUAGGGAAGUCCGUUAAGAAAGAGUCGACUGUAGAAUUUUUUGUGUAACAAAUUAUGAUAGAAUUUUGUGCCCCUGAAAGUGACCACAACAGUCACAGAACAUUCGAGGGCAAAUCAACAGUGAGAAGUGUAUAGAAUUGAUGCCCAACAGUGACCCCACUUCCCCACUAUAUUCAUUUCGGAGAGAUAAGAUAUGAGAUGUUUCAAAACUGAACAGUGUUGUUGUAUAUCAGAUGUGUCCCCACAGAGGUGACUGCUAUUGACGAGACUGUGUCCAUAAAACAAGUCAAGUGUGGAUAUGAUGGCACCAUGUUUAUCACUGAUUCAGGGGCAUUGCUUGCAUGUGGCAGGUAAAUUUAUUUAAUUUUACUCAAGAAUGAACCUAUGUUUUGUUUUACCCUGAAAGUUUCCAACAAGUAAUGCCAUUUUUCUUCUUCUUUUUGAAUUAAACAGCAAUACAAACAACAAGCUUGGGCUGAACAAUCGGCAAGGAUUUUUGAUGCAGAUGAAAAAUUUGCUGAAUAAGGUACAUUAAUAAGUAGGUGGAAUAUGAUCUUCUGCUUGAGACCUGAAUAGGAGGACUACACUCACUCUUCAGCAAUACACUCACCCGUAAUAUCAUAUUCCAUCUAAAUUUAUGAAAUGACUCCUGGCUUCAAACCUUUUAAAAAUAAGGUACAUAUUCAUUCACUGACGUCAUUUUUAUUGUGUACCUGUUUGGAUCACUGUGACUAAAAGAGUUUAAUUUUAAUUGCGGUUGUUGACAUUGACAAUAAUUUACUCGAUAAAGGAUUUUAUGGAAGUUUUAGUUGACGUUAUGAAUGAUGAAAUGGGGCUGAGUUGUUUGAUGGGCGUCAAGCGCCAAUCCAGGGCUUUAACAAGUCAUAUGACUGGUUACAGUUAAUCAAGGUUGAAUUUAAGAAGGCUUCCAGUCGUUCAGAUUGUGGGGACGGUGGAAAGAUGGGGUAGAAGAAUCCAAGCUUAACUUAAAAACAUCUCUGAUAAGCCGUGUUGUAGAGUGUUGCCUGUCAUUGGAGGAAUCGACUUAGUUCCGGGCGAAACAACUUCGGGCGAAUCGACUUUCAGGCAAAACGACCACAAUUACGCCUCUUUCCCUCCGCUCUUCACAAUCUGAUCACCUGGAACAGGUUACAAGCAGCUUGGCCCGGCGAGAGUUAUAGGAAAUGAUCACCUGAUAUAGCGCCGUGACCUUGACCUUUCACCUUAGGUUCAAGUCGACGGUAAAAACGUUCCAACAGCUGUCAAAGUGUUAUCCAAGCAUCGUGUAUUAGACGUAUCACUGGGUCCAUAUCACAGUGCGGUGAUUGUAGAGCCAGGACUGGUCUACACAUUUGGUGAUAACUCACUCGGACAACUGGCUUGUGGUAACUGUAAACCACGUGAUGUUCCUGCUAUUGUCAAAGCGUUGGAAGACAAGACCACUAUGGUAAGACAACAAUAUUAUUUUGCGGUUAGUAAGAGCCUUUUCCCGCGGGAUAGCGCCUAUUUACCUCGGGAAUGACCGUUUGUUCCCAUGAGACAUAUGUCAGCUACCGAAAAAGUUAUCCCGGGUUUCUAGGACACCAACUUUACACAAACACAAAAAUUUCGCGCUAAAAUACGCACCGCAAGCGGUGGCUACUACGAGAAGAAAACUUAAGAAGGAUGUAACAAGUACAGAACAUGCUCCUACAUAUCAUGCCAAACACAUUUAUAAAACUGUAUGUAGGCCAAUUUACUUAUUUUAUUUUUUACCGACUUGACUAGGCACAGAUUAGCCCGUAGGGGAUGGAUAGGUGAAACAUGUCAGGUGCCCUCUCUUCACUCCCCUCCCUCCCCUCCCUACUCACUCCCUUGACCCAUGGUAGCUUGAGAUAAUUACGUCACUAGUAUAUGUAGAUGUAUGAUAUGUAGUAUAUGUAGAUGUAGAUAAAAAGUGGUUCAGUUACGUCCUGUGGUAGACAGAUAGUGAAAGUGUUGUGAGACGCGGCCUUGGUUUUUGCUUCUUACUAGACGACCUCAGAAGUUGAGAACUAGCCGUGGAACAAAAGCAGCACCUUCAUCAGUUUUUUUAGUUCUGAGUGUUGUUCCGGCCAAGAAUCUUAGAACCCUAGCGCUAAAGCUUUCAAUGAGCCAGCCAAUCAGCGGUUAUUUGUGCAUUUACUUAAUAAACUACUUGUUAAACGUAUCCCACAGGCUUACUAGCUCAGGAAUUCUUUUUUUCUUUAGGUGGUUUUCUGCGGAAAUGGCUUCACAGUGGCUGGAACAAAUGAAAAUGAUCUGUUUUUCUGGGGGGCGAGACCCACAGAUAGCCGACGUCCCCAGAGUGAAAGCGGAGACAAGACAGAUACUGAAAGUGGUAACAACAAAAGACAUAGGAGAAAUCCAAGUGGAAGCAUGAGUAUUGGUAGUGCUGAUAGUGUGGAGCUGUCCCCAGGGUAAGGAGGCCGACCAACCUCAACACAAGCCUCCUUUGGGGUGUUCUUAGCUAAGUUCUUGGAAAGAAUCUCAAGAGCCAUUCCCUUCCCUCAUGUGGUCAAAAUGUAGUAACCUACUUCAUUUUCUUUGGGCCACACAGUGAUAAACGUAUCUUAUAUCUGUAGGGAUGACCUUGUGAUCCUCCUCCUUCAUAAGCCUUAGUGGCUGUUUGUAAACGUACGGGGUAUGAGGAUUAGUACUAUAGUUUCGACUACAAUGCACACCAACAAAAUUCAGUUGAAAACAAAGCCUAGUCUCUGACUGACGAACUCCUAGUUAGCUUGGCAGCUCAGUUGGUGGGAGUACUGCAUCGGUAUCGCGGGUUCGAUUCCAGGCUUUUUUUCGCAACUGGAAACGUUGACCAUCUAUGUUUUUUAAGCCUUCUCUCGACAGUGUUUUUGUGGAAAGAAAGCAAAAGAGCGUUUAAUUUUAACUCAAUGUAAUGCUAGAUAGAGAACCAAGGAGAACUGAAAGAUUUAGGAAUUUUUUUUCUUGAAUUUUACAGGAGUAAAAGCGAUCAUAACUCCGGAAGCCAGGCGUCUCUUCCAAAAGACGCCAAGAAGCGCCGAGAUGGCAUUCUAGAACUCUCCAGUAGUUCCACCAGGUUUGAACGUGGCAGGAAAGAUGGAAUGCAGGAGGGAUUCUCAAUGCCUCAGUCGUACAAGAAAAGAAAGGAUGGGGUACAGGAAGGUGUCUCACAACCGGAACUAGUAGGAAGUAACAGUGCGGAUGGGUGAGUACGCAAAAAACUUUCCCUGCAUACUGCAUACCCCCCCCUUCCUUCUAUUUCUUUGCUACAAUCGGCGACAGAAUUUGUGGACAAACUUUUACGUGAGGUCAACACGCAUUUCCUACUUUUUUCCAACACUAUACACUUCUAAAAGGAAAAAGCAAGCCUUCCCUUCCCCACGCGGCUUAAAUGAUGUUGUGCCGUUACUCGUGCUGCCUGUGCGAAUUAACAAACAGGCCAAUUUUGGUUUGGGGAGGGGAGGGUCUAGAUUGUUUGUUUCUCUCCAUUUUUGUCUCUGAUUGUAUCCAAGUGAAAACUGGUGUGAUGUGGGAGUGUAGGCUGCGUAGCAGGCGCUUGGAAGUAGUGGGCGCACGAAAGAACGGGCGUGCGAUCCUUCUUGCGCCCACUUCUUCCAAGCGCCUGCUACGAAGGCUAAUGGGAGUGUAGUUUCUGAACGGGAGAACGAGAAUCUCCCCCAGGAAAUAAGGUGAAAAACGUAAUCUAGGUAUCCUUCUAACAUAAUUGAUGUUAUGACUGGAAGUUUAGUGGUUGUUUUACUGUUAAACUCCAUUCCCUUUUCAGUGUUUUCUCCGACGCAGAACGGAGCGACUGCGGAUCAAAGGAAAAUACGUCAGUUAAUUACAUCAGAAUGAGUUCUCGCCGGGGACAAAUGAACGACCAAUCAUAUGUAGGGUUUCUACGAAUCAGUGAUAAUGAAACAGUCUCCUCUCCUACUCGCCUUUUUCACUGGGAUUCCUACAGUAUGUACGGAGCAGAUAGUGACCGAGAAUUUCCUGUUUACCUGCUUGAUGUCAAUGGUUAUGGCGUGAACGUGUUCGUACAAAUAGAAACAACAGCACCGGCUCCUAUCAGAAGACGGUCCAAGAAAAGAUCGCAGAAAAAAGCCAGUGAGAGAAGGCUGUCCAAGCAAACUGUACUGUCUGACGGGUAGGUGUCCUUCGUAUGAUAGUUGUAGCCAAUCACAGAGGAGGUCGGUGAUUCAAUCAUACAAUCAGAUCUCUAAGCACUGAGGCUGCACUUGAAGCGCGGGAAAAUAUUGAGAGUUGGCGUGAGACUUUAAGCCAGUCCCAGAGGUUUAUACCAACGCAAAACCAAACAGUCGAGAAAUUGUUUUAGACACAAAAAGCUUCUUUAUUUGAAAGCAAAGCGACCGAUUAUGUCAGCCCUAACGGUACAAUCGAUAUCUAAUCAAUUCAGAACAGUAGUAGGCACAGGCGAGGGAAAGCGUGAGUGACACUUGGUUUUGGUCCCAUGGCUGUUUGAUUGAAUGAGUGGUGGAAAUGUUUUGCCAAUCACAGAGGAAGCCUAAACAAAACCCAAGCUAAAUGAAACAUCAAUAAACCACUUUAAGGCUGGUAUUUACUAGCGACGGAAUUAGAGUCAGUGUUUAAAAAGAAGCGUAGGGUGUUGUGAUGUAGUGAAAACAGCGUUUGAUUCCUCUUACGACUACGUCGCCUACGAUCUGGUGAAAACAAGGCUGUCGGCGUCACAAGCAGAAGCGGUAGAGCUAAACCAAUUACAAAGCAGGAGAUUAAGCUUUGUGAUUUGUUUAUCCUUCUGCUUCUGUCUACGUCCAUCUGGUUCUCACUAGAUCAUAACUGCGAGGUAGUCUUAAGGGAAGCAGAAAGAAAAUGGAAACGUAUUGAUUCUUCAGUCGCGCUCAUAAAUCGGCUGACGACUUUGACUUUUGAUUUUCCAUGCAAGGUCAUAUUACGACUCCUAACUCUGUCGCAAGCGAAAACCAGCCUUAUGCGGAAUCCAUGUUCAAGCCGAAUCCCCUUCAGCAGCUCAGUCCUGAUUAAAGUUGCAAGUGCUGCUUCAAAGCUGAAUGAUCCCGCACCCUUUCUUUCUAGCAGACUAUAAGAGUUGUAAUCAGUUCUGUCACGCACUUUUCGAAGAAGUGACGCGGACAAGAAUAACGGUUUCGUGCGAGACUAAUGCUCAGAAAUAGAUCAAAGUAAUGCAGAUUCUGCUACAGCUUUAUGAUGCUGAGUUAACUGACAAGACAAUUUUGGUUGUUCCUUACAGUGCGAUUGGAGGUCCGCGGGCGCCUGGGUUGGACUCCUCCAUGGGAUCGAGCUCCUCCGAGUUGGAAACCACCUUAGGAGAGGUAGGAAUAAAAAAUAAAUACGUACCCCCUCUACGAAAAGAGUUUUGUAAUGCAGGCAAAAAAUAGUUUGAAAUCCUGAGUUUUUUUUGAGCGAGGUGGGGGACAGGUUAUACUAAAAGUUGUGAGUGCCUUUUUUUUCCUGUAGGUUCCGACGUGGUUAAAGAAUGAGUUAAAAGAAGGGAUUAUAGCUGGUAACACGGAUCAACAGGACUCAAAUGACGAUAGCGAUAGUGAAGAGGCUGACAGUGAAACUGAGGAAACAGACAAUGGUAAGUAGUCAUGGAGAGCUGGCAGGCGGGGACCACUGUCUGCCUUCUGCCCCAUUUCCUUGGUGAUCGUUUUGUUGUGUAGUUAACACUUUUGUUAGAAUUAUGUGUUCUUAUGUAACCUAUCGAACACAAGAUACAUAUAUUUCAUGUUAAACACCGCGAAGAGAGUUCCUGAAACAUAGUAGUGUCGAAUGUUUGAUGAACGUUUGCGAAGUGUUGAUUCCUGUGAGCCUUUUUUUUCUCUCUUUUAUUUAAUAAACAGUACUGUAUUGUUGAAUUCGUAAUGGUCACUCCUCAUAACUGCUUAUAUAAAGAAUUCACUAAAACGCUCUUUUUUAAAUUCUUUUAGGGCAGGAGAGAGACAGUUCCAAAUCCACAGUCAAAUCCACAGCUGAGCUUGUAUCAGACAGCGAAAAGAACUCCAAGAGUUCUGCGUCUAAGCUUGCGGCUAAAGUCGAGAGGUUCAAGCAAAGCAGGAAAUCUAAAUCGGAGACGAGAAUUGUAGGAGGCGUAGCUAUUAACACAGCAGUAGACAAUGAAGUACCUCUCAGUGUACGGUCAAGUUCAGUAUCGAUUAAAUCGGAGCCAGAUCUUGAGAAAAUACAAGACAAGGUACGUCUUUUGAUUUAUUUUAUAUUUUCCUCUGCUUUGUUUGUUUUUAUUGUUGUUGCGAAUAAAGCGGGCUUUCGUUGGGGCAAAUCCAAAUAUAUACCAAAGUAUCAAAGAUUGACAUCUACUCUCACUGCAUUACCUCUCAUAUCUUACUUGACCCUUUUACUCCUAAGAUCUGAUUAGUAAUUCUCCUUUGUGACUGCUAUACAUUUUAUUGAAUGUUAAAUAAGGGAAUUCAGGGAUAUAUCAAUUUAGUAAAAUCCAACUAGUUGUCUAUUAUCAAUGCUGCGUUCUGAUUGGUUGAGCUACUACUAGGCUAUAUGUUAUAGCCCACCAGUAGCGAAAAGCGGCGGAUUUUUGGCGGUAAAAAGGAUGAAAGUCUUACUUUAAGUUGUUUUGUCUCAAUAUUUUUGACUAACUAGUUGGAUUUUACUAAAACAAUUAUUCCUCUCGCCCUCAUGGCCUCUGAGUCAAUAGCCUAUUCAGCCGUCGGCCUCAUGGGCUAUUGACUCAGAGCCCAUUCGGGCUCGAGGAAUAAUUGUUAAAUAACAUCCUCUGGCUGAUAAAUUUGCCAAUUCUCACCACCGUCACCACCUAUCCGUUAGGCAACGUAUUGUAUAUCCUCCUCCUAAGGAGAUGUUACAUGCCAAUCACUUCUACCUAACGUUAGGUUACUUAUAGAGUCCAUGAUCCAUUGGUCGCAGUCUUGCACUGCUGCGGCUUCUGAUUCAAUGGACGUUCAAAUUUUUCGUUCACGUAUAAAAAAAACAUCGUUCGUAAUUGUAAUGGGAGGGUGGUUUGGCUUUUUCGUGAGUAUAUCUCAGCUCAGUAUCUUGAAAGUGCAGCAGUAAUUUAAUCUCGCAUAUUUACGUCAUGUAAGGGAAAUAAAAUCUUUGCUUGAUGAUAAACAUCACCUCAAUUCAAGCCUGCGCUUCUCUUUUAUGUGGUUCAUUAAAAGAUCCUCGAGACUCUCAAAAAUUCAACAAAAACCGAUAGGAACUGAUUGCAUGCCGCACUGUGUAUUGAUAGGAUGACAGCUCAUUUUUUGCCUUUCUUUACAGAAUGUGGGUUCUGAGUCGCCGGGUACUGGUGAUUCAGAUAAAGGAUCUUCUUUGAACUUAUCCAAAGUGUUUCCUCGUCCCGCCAGCAGUCCUGUUACAUCAAAACACAAGCGUUCAUCCUCAGAUGGGCUCAUUAUUGAUGAGAAGAAAAGAACUCCGUCGGAUUCUGGUGUAGAGUUGACUCCUGUGGAGAAACUUAAUAGUUCGAGUGAGGGAUCAGGGGGUGCCGCUAGUGGCUCACGCAAGACGUCUCUAGAGUAAGUUUUGAGCUCUCUUAAUUGUACAAAUGGGAAAAAAGUGGAUUGCAGAGAGUUUUACUCAGGUAUAAACAGGUGAACUUGAGAACACGUAACGUGACAUGCAGUAUGUUAUUCUGCGUCAAAAUCUCGCCAUGCGUGGAUAAUCCCUACUUGUUUUUGCUCUUGAGUAAGUGAUUAAUUUUGCUUGUACGUGAUACUCUCAGUGUUGUGUCUUGAUUGAAAUCCGGCACAAAUUUUGUUAAGAAGAUAUUCUUUGUGUAGCAAAAUUUUAGGGAAAGCUUACCGCAAGCCUAAGGAAGACUCGCAGAAAUUGCUUGUAUUUUGCGUUAAUUCUGGAUCUCUAUUCGGAAAAUUGCUGCGAAAGGUUGUACCGGAGGAAUGUGUUAUUUAGGCUAAUUCAAGCAAGGGCAUGAGUUAUUGAGUUUUCUGGUCACAGGUUGAGGAAGGUCAAUCUUUAUGAAUAUUUUUUGUGAAAUUAGAGCAUGUUUUGUGCAAACCUGAGUGAGAGUUUAAGCUAGUCGAUAUGAUCCUGUAGCUUUAGACAGUCGAACAGAGCGUCAGUUUAAUCUCUCGUCAGUCUGCUCUCAACAGUUUAAGCCAAGAAAAAGUUUGCCAAUUGCGGGAAACGUUUAAUGAUUUUGGCGGGGAUCGGGAGCUCCAGGACAAAGGAGGUGGAGGAGUUAAAAGGUUUCAUUUGGCCCGAGUUAUGCAGAAAGUAAAGCCUGUUUUUCUCCAUCAUGAAAUGCCUCCUGGCGUCUUUUCUACGUUUUUAAAGAAAUGUGUAUAAAGGACAUCUCAUUACGCAACUUGGAGCGAGACGAUAAGGAAUCAGUCGUAAAAUUAUAGACCAAGUUCAAGGGGUGGGGGGUCCUCUCCCCUAACCCCUAAGGAAGGCCUCAUAUUCAGUUUAUGGUUUAUAAGCAGUUGGUCAUUUUACAGACAAGAAAUACCGUAUCGUAAAAGGUUGUAUCCUGGUCGCUCGUAUAAAAGGUCACCUUGCGAGAUAGAAGCACAGACGUUGGUGUACUUGUUGUAAGUCACAAUAGUAAUAAAGCGAACAUUUCGGCGUUAACCGUUGUUGCUUUUUUUCCCCUUUAGUGUCGCCCGAACAGCUAAGAAAAGUGUCGGGUAAGUAAUAAGAUUGCUGUUUAUUUCUAUUUCAAGUUCAAAGCUAUUUGAACGGUCUUGUUGGCAAAUGUUUUGAUCUAGAUUAGCGCAGUUAUUAAAGGGUAAGGGAUUGGGCUUGAUGAUAAGAACCGGAUAAGAAUGGUGGUCUUACUCACGGAAAUCAAUUAUUAUGGUCGAGUUAACCCAGUAUCCGUUGUGAGAUUUUAUUGACACUUGGUUCAAAUUUGCCUUAGAAGCUCCUCACCGCAGCCUCCUCGUUCCCCGAGAGCUGGAGAUCGCCAGACAACCUUGACCAAACCUUCGGAUCGUUAUCAAGAGUACAGGUCAGUUCAUCAGUCACUGUUGGAAUAGCGCUAACAGGGCGAGAAAUGUCGUUUUUCGAAUGUAACCUCAUCUUUGUAGAGCAUGCAAAUGCUAGUAUGUAAUGACAGAUACUGACUGUUGAUUCAUAACUAGUGAAAUGUCCACGCGUGUCCACUGUAACGAAGAGCUCCAAUCUUGGACAGAAUAAUGUGGAACAGCAAAUCCCAUCCUCCCGAAAUACAAGUAUGAAGCCGAGCGAAUGGCGGGGGAGUGGGGGGGGGUCUAUUUUGUCCAAGAUUGUAGCGUAGGUGUAGCCGUACCUUAUAGGAAACAGAACACGGUGAACUCAUGGACGAAAACUAUGGUCUGCUUGUUUUGUUGAUUUUUUGGCUUUGUGCUAAUCCAAACAUUUUCGGCCUUGAGAUGAAAAAAAACUUUUGCGUUUUACUGUGGCUGUAUAGUAGGCCGCAACCUGGUUGGUUGUAAUUUGCGUUAAUCCGUCAGAAGCGCCGAAACUCUUUAAAUCUUUAUACGUACUCACACAAAUAUUAAACUGAUCGCGGUUAUUUUGUCAUUUGCUGCUUCACAGGAGACCUGUGGGGAGAGCGCGGAAUAGUCAGGCUCCUUUCAGGAGAGCAGGGUAAGUAAGAAUUUGUUUCUUUCUGAUUGGAACAUCAACUCAUCAACCCCGGACCUAACCCGCGAAACUACUUGUUCAUAAGUUGGAUAUUGCUCCCCACCGGGAUCCACCGGAUAAAUAGAGCGCUUUUCAAUUGAGUGUCGAAAACCAAAACCAAAGUAAUCACAACGGCCAAUCAGAGGGAGCCAAUGGCAACUCAAAGUAAACGCGUGUAACCGGCCUGUAGCGCGGGAAAACGCGAGUGACCAAGGAGCGAUUGGUUUUAGUUUACGUCUGAUUGGCUGAGAGGGUGGCGCGAGUUUUCUAGACCAAUCAAACAGCACAGUAAAGCAAAACCAAUUCAAUCCUGGAUUACUUUCAACACUCAAUUGAAAAUUGCUCUAUCUAUCCAGUGGAUAACAAUCAAAUACUUAACCGCCGCGCUUGAUUGUUUGAACACUGGCUGAAGCUCGGUUACUUUUCUUCCUUUUUUGUGUUGCCCUUUCCUUCUUUGUUUGUAGUUUUUACCAACUCUUGUUUACUGCGUGAAAGAUUGUGUCCUUGAUUAUGGCGCGAAAAACAGCGUUCGGGACAUGUAUGUUACGCGGUAUUUCUUGUUUUACUUACGGAGGAAGAAGGUAUUCACAAAUAAGUUUGUUUUCCUCGUAACUCGCCGCAUGCUGCGCAUCUUUUACGCGCGAAAUUUCAGAGCCACUCUGAAUCAGAAACUGUCACUUUCUUUCAACUUCCCGUAGUUCCAUGGUGAAUAUAUCUGGGGAAGACGCAUUCAGGCGCGUAGUUUUAUGUUUUUCGCAGUAGAAGGCCAAAUUUCACGGAAGAGAUUUAUUGUUACCCUAUUAAACUGGCGUGUAUUGAGGAUAUCCCUUUCUCAAUAAAAGCUUGAUUGUAUAUCUAAAAGUUUGCAGAACUAUCAGCAUGACUGAGUAUUACAAAAUGAUAUCCAAGCAAAAUAAAGUCGCACAGACAUAGUUCUAAUGACACUUACGGUUGUAAUAUUACAAUUCUGUACAUUAAAUCAUUAAUUUAAUCACUGAGUUACAAAUUGUCAGCCGGUCGAGCUAAGGUUUGCUUUAGUCAGUUGAAAAAAAAGAUGAGAAAAAGAGUACUGCUUUGCUAUUAUUUGCGCAAGUUUUGUCGACUUAAGACAAGCAAAGCUAUGCAAACUCUUUUUAAUUUUUGACACGAUUUUUUCUUCUUCAGGUUUUUAUAAACAUUCCUCACUAAUGGAUUCAUUGCUUUUGUAAUGGGAUGCUAUAUUUAAUCCCACAAGAGAUGAAAAUAGUGCUUAAUCUUUUGAAUCGUUUAAUUGAAUCAGUUAUGGUUUUUUUGCUAAUACGCAUCCAUUUCCUCUGUUACAUGCUAAUGGUGUCAGUGUUAUUGUGUUUGUUACCAUUGUCGCGAAGCAACGACUCGGACAUCCAUUUGUAUUCAUCCAUUUCUGAUUAAUUUGAUGUUUAAAUCAAGAUGCUCACAAUUUUCAAUACCGAUCGGAUAUUAUUCAUUACAAACAGAAAUUUCUGGAAAGCUAAUUGCCGAAACCACUUAAUGUGCUUUUUGGUUAAUUAUUUUCUUCGAGAAAACUGAGAAGUGAGUGUCCAUAUUGUAAUCCGACAAACCGGAACUCUCAGAAUGCAAAAUACCAUGGCCAACUAGAAUUAUUCAUCAAGCUAAUCAAGAUAGGAAAGCAAAACGAAAUAGUAAAACUCAAUUUAUUCACUGAAGCAAAACAAAUGUAGAAGAAGUGUGAACAAAUUGCAUUUUUUAUGGUGAGUAUACCCAUGUUUUGACUUCUUCCUAACCUUUUUUAUUAACUUGUGGUCGGAGGCAAUUUUUUCUUUGUAUAACUCCUCGGGCCAUACAACUUAAACGCUAAGAGUUGGUUUUGUUUCUGUUCAAUUUGAAUUACAGGGCUGGUGGGAAAAUGGCGUCGAGCGAUUCCCGUUCGGCGAAUACUCGGCGUGAUCAGGUAUAUUUAUUUCAUUAUUAUUUUUCUCAAAAUCUUAGUGGAUUUUGGGCAAUUUUUCUCUUCUUUUUGCGCAGUUAUACUCUUUGCUUAUUUAGGCCUUCAGUUUGGGCCCUUGGCGAGCUGGUGAAUAUUCGGCGAAAUGCUUAAAUGCCGCGUUGUUUAUCACCUGAGAUGCAUCAAAUCGCAAAAUGAAAUUGGUAAAAGCCUUUUUUCAAUCAAGCUAUUUCUUUGCUCAAUUUCUUUUUUUCAAUUUUUGUUCAUUAUUUCUUGUACAUGGUUUCUAUCGUUCUAUCUUCAAUGUGUAUCUUUCUUCCUUAACUCCCUGGUCUUCUUCCUUAUUUUAAUUUGAAUUGGUAAUCCCGAGAAUGUUGUUGGAAUUCACUGCCUGUUAGCUUUUGUAGCCAAGCUUUAAAUAAUUUCAGUUCAAAAUGGUGUUAACAAUAUGUUUCGCGUCACAAAAACAACUUGGAAGUGUUUUAUAUUGUUUUGCCAACUAGCCUUUUUAUUUUGCUUAUUUUGACUUGUUAUACAUAAUUAAUGUUACUUUUGUAAUGUUUGUAGCCACGCGCGUAAAUUGCCGCUCAUUUGCAUCUCUACAGGCGUUGGAAGAGCUUCGCCGUGAAUCUGCUGAAAAACAAGCGACUUUGCAGGAAGAAAUAAACAGACUUAAGCGUGAAAAGGAAGAGGUUAGUAACACUGAAGAAAUUCUCAUUUCCGAUUAUGCUGGAAAUGAACUGAAUUUUUCCGUUAUUUUGGUUACUUUUCAGUAUGAACAGAAAAUUCAACAGCAUCGAGAGGAGCUGCAACUGGCUGAGAAGUCCCGGGACGAGCAACAAAAGGAAGCUAAGGUUAGAAUGUAGUCCUUUUUUCUUUCUUUGAGACACUACAGUAGAAAAUGUGAGAUUUCUGACGGUGUCCUCCAUUUUCUCGUUCUCAGGAGAUUGAGGAAAAAUUGUCUCACGAAGUCUUAAGCUUAAAAAUGGAAUUGUCAAAGGUGAGACAGACUGCGACUGUUAUUCUGUGGAGUAAGAGUCUCAGAAAGCUAUAUUUUCAAAAGAAAUGUGAUUUUAAAGCCGUCUUCAUUGUGUAACUGCAUUUGCAUUGCAUUGCUAAACCAUAUGAUUGGCUCAAUAAUUGCGGGCGACGUUUUAAAGCAGUCCACAGUAAAAACCAUUCCCCGGCGCUAUCCCCCCCCCCCAGACACCCGUUCCACACAUUAAUUUUUUUUUUUUUCGAUUCUGACUGGCCCUGAGUGGAUUGUCUAGUAAACAAUGUUCGAUGUGUUUGUGUAACUCUCUGUUCGUUUGUUUUCAGCAAUGCGACAAACUUCAAGAUAACUUCAAUGUGGUGUUGUCUCUCCAGGAGCAGUUGGCUCGUAUGCAGCAGGUGGGCUGGACAUUGUUAAAAUAUUUCUUUUUUCCACUGAUAUCCUUGAGCAUGAUCGAUUAACCGUAUUCCGGAAUAAGAAUCAGGGGAAUAAACUCUUGACUGAAAUGGUACAAGGUUAGUACAAGAGAUUUGCAAGAAAACCUUUCCGUAUUCUUAUUCCGGAAUGCGAUCAAUGGAACGCACUCCUUCUUACAGGCAUACCCGUAGUGUAACGCCCUCAGCCACCGGGCUCCGUCUGUGUCUCGGUAUGCUCCCUUAUUUUCGCCUGUCUUUUCCCCUCACGCAGCUAUUAAAAAUUCCGAACCAAAUUUGUCUUUCGCAAAAGUCUGUGUUUACAAGCUCACUGCCUUGAAUCGAACGCGAUCCCCUGCGCAUACUACAUGAUAUUAUUGGUUACAUUAGCAUAUUUGUAUUUUAUUCUUGGAAAAUAACUUUUCCAUAGUUAUUUUCUGCGAUUCCAAAAUCGUUAAAAUCUAUUUUUGUGGAUUAACGUUUAUGGUUUGUGUGCGUAACACAGGAAACGUUAGAAAUAACCACAGGUAACCCAAGGUCGAAAUAUGACCAUCGACACUGCUGCGUAACGUUCAAAAUAUAAGGAUUUUAUGGGAGAAAAACAAUUGUUCGAGAAAAACCUCUGGUACCCAGGGUAAUUUAUGGCCGUUUAAUGGGUCAGGACAUUGGAACUGGUCUACUCUCUCUGUUAGCCGAGUUUUAUGCAUACUCAACUUUUUCCUAGUAACCGACCCAGCCUCUUUCUCGGUCUGUAGAAGUCACUUCCGGUAAAAAUGCAAAACUUUGACAAAGCGUAGAAUUUAAAUUUGCAAGAAUAUUGAGAUAAAACGUUACUUUUUCAAUAUUAGGUGGUAUAAUCUAUAAACGGGCUGAAAAAAACUUGAUUUCUGAAACAUGAAUUUUUGCCUGUGCAAAUACCUUAAGUCUUUUGCAUUCGUGGGCUGCAGAAACAAUUGUUUUUUCUCUCAUACAAUUCCUUAUAUUUUGAACGUUACGCAACAGUGCUGAUGGUCAUAUUUCGACCUUGGGUCAUCUGUGAAAUACCUGACAAAAAAUAUAUAUUUUAUUUCAGCCUUCCCGAGCGGGCUGAAAUGUAACAAAUCCUGUAUUUCAAUUGGCUUUGCGCGGCGCUUUGGAGGCCAAUACACUCUUUUUUUUUAUAAGGAUGUUGUUUUUCCGGCCGAGGUUGAAUUUUCUUAUUUUUCUGCCGAUUUUAGGCUGAAAAUAUUCUUGUAUUAUUCUUUGAAAAAAGAAAAAAAUAUCAUGAUGCUCUUUACGGUAUUGUUCAUUUCUUUUGAGCUGUCUUGGUACGGUACAAAUGUACUUCAUGUAUCGUCCAUCGAACUGUUAUUAGCAUUAAACAUUUGGCUAUAGCUAGCCUGUCUCCUCUACCCCCUUGCGAUGGCGGUCAAUAAAUCCCCCAUAGCCUGUGUACAGACGGGUCUGUACACAGACUAAUCCCCCACAGUUUUUAUCUUUUAUUACGCGCGCUCGACGGAUUUCGAAGGGAAAAUAGAGGGUCUGUGAACAGGCUAGGGUAUAGCUAGUGCGGGUUUUUUCAAUUCGUUUGCUAGUUUUGACGUUUAUGGAAAGGAACAAUUUUAUACGGUUCAGUUAAUAACGUAUAAUUCUACACAUGUUUUUUUGACAAAACGAAAAGACAACCCUAACCCUAACCCUUUUGUGAAAUUGAUUUUUAGCGACGUUUUUUUUCUUUUUAUCUUUUUUUAAAGGAACAAUUGAGGCAACAGGCGAAGGAAAAGGUAAGCUGAUGGUUUUUUUAUAUAUAAUUUUGUUUUAUCUACAAAGUAGCCUAUAAAUCUACCAAGUGGAUUAAACGGACCGAGCAGUUCUCCGCUGAGUCUAUACGACGCAGACUAUAUUCGUGUUCAAUUCCGCCGAACGGGAAUUGUGGGAGGAGACGCAGAGUGAAUUUUUGGAAAACACAGGCUUGCCAUUCUCUGGUAAUCUGUAAUCUGUAUUUCUGUAUUUCUCUAUUUUCUGAGUAGAUCAAAGUUCAGGUGUCAAAUCGAUUUUUCGAGCUUUAAAUCGACAAACCAUACCGAAACCGUGAAGAAGUUUAAUCCACCGUGCGCCUGUUUAAGGACGUUUUUUCUCUGAGCUUAUGUGUUCAAAACCCCUGAAAACCGGAAUAUGGCAUUUUAACGAAGCUAUUGUUACAUCCCAAGCGGCCAUUUGUAAUGAAAAAAAUAGUUGCUGUUCGCACCAUCGAAGUCGGUAAGACUGAGAAGAAAGGAACUAUCAGCUCUUAGCGUCUCGCCUCGCUAGUAUCUUAACCUCAAAGAAAAGUUAAGGAAAAAAUAUUGGCAUUUAAUAACGAUCGGUAAUUUUCGGUAGAGUGGGCAAGUAAACCCAGGGUAAAUGGAACUGAAACCACCAACAUGGUAGAGUCCCCGAUAAUUUUGUUGGGGAUCCGACAUGUGCCGGGAUGCGGAAUUUUAAAGUAAAGUCGGGGCGUGAUUCGGGAUUGAAAGUCAGUGCAUGGGAUGCAGAAUGCUGUGAAUAAUUACGAGAUUAUGGGAUUGAGCGAAAAUUUGCCAUGGGAUAUCCUGGGUGACAGAGACUUUUCAUGCGCCGUUUCCGGUUUCGGUCAAGUCUUUAUGGUAACCCGCUUCGCCGCUCGAGCCGAAGAUUUUUUCGGCCUGCGAAUGACACCGAGGCAUCCCUUAACACGCAAGAUAGCCUGCGUAGCAAGCGUUUCCGCUCGAGUUAUUGCACAAAAGUUCGAGCGAGCGGGUGGUUUCGGGAUGACGGGAUUGAAGGGUCAAUUAAAACAUUAUGUAACUCUCAUAAUCCUGCCAUGUUCAUUCUGUAUCUCUUUACCUGAUUAUUUUGCAGCGUCAGAACUCUGCAAGGCAGACUAGUGCAGCCAAAAGUUCCGUGUGUAGUGUGAUGUAAACCCAACUGACUACCACAUGUACGCCGGCACCGUGUGUUGCACCUCAAGACCACAGCAUUUUUCAACGCGAUCACCUGCCUUCCAUUUUGAGAGUUUUUUUAUACGUGUCUUGUAAUCAACGAGAAAUCUUUAAAGCCGUCCUUAUAUAAUAUUAAACUACAUUUUUGUUCUCAGAAGGAGGGCAAUAUGUUGUCUCUGUUGUUAACUUGAGACACAAGAUGUGGUUGCACGAUUAACUGACCCAGUAGAGAACUCGGUUAAACUUGAGCCAAUCAUGUGAGGGUCUUACUGAGAUAUUGUCGGAAAUAUGAAUUGACUCUUGCCACCGUUAAUGGCAAGUUUCCGACGUCACGUUUGCCGAAUUGCAUCGUGCCGACCAGAAAAGUAAUAUAUAUAUGCAACAAAAAUAUUCAAUAAUAAUAUUGUAAAAAAGUUCCUCUUUGGAAUUAAAAUUUAAAUGAACUGAAUUUUCAUAUGCAAGCUGUGUCAAGAAACGGUUGCAAAAUCAGAGUAAUAAUAAGGUGUUGAGACAUUUCUAUACAUUUUGAAAGUGAAUUUCAUGUAUGUACUUGGUGUUGUAGAAAUUAUUUAUUUGCCUUUAUUUUUAUUUUUCAUGUUUGUUUUUCGUCUUUUAUAUAAGUACUGGAUAACCUCGUAAAUGUGCAAUAGCCGCUUUUUAAAACGUAUUACGGUAUUGUUUCACUGCAGGCCAGUGCAGGUAGAUGCUCUUUUUCUUCAUUUCUCGUGAAAGUUCCAGUCCCAAACGUUACGAAAAUAUGUUUGAAGAAAACACUUUUAUAUAUUGUAGAAUGUUCGAUGCUAUGCAUGAAAAAUAUAUCUUUCUCACUUCCUCUCAUCGUCUUUUAUGACAAGUGUACGUCUGCUAGUUAAAUUUUGUACUAAAUCCUUAUAAAUGUAGCGUAUUUUUGUAUGUACUUCCUAGAACUGCUUGUAUGUAAUAAACAGCGCCAUAAUUUAAUAGGAGCCAGGUUGUCGUUGUUUUUCUGUUACGGUAUGUAUUAAACUGUAGCCUGCGCACGUAGCUGUAGCCGCGUGGGAGGCUAGCGUAGCCGCUGGCAGUUUUGAUUGUCGAGCGCGCAAAUGAGCGGCAAAGCCAAAAGUGGGGCUUCAAGGUUCAUUUUCUCAGCUUCGCCACUCAUUGGCCCUCUCGCCAGGCAAACAAACCGCCAGCUACUCAGGCAAAGUUAAUUGUUGUUCUGAAGUCACGAUGAAUUUUACGGCAAUCGGCCGUUUACAUUAUGUUUUCGUUCUAAAAUGAAACAUUCAACAACAGCUUAAUUUAGAAAGUCUUUUUUAUGACAAGCUUAGAGCUCAAGAUUUUUCCUGAGCUCGAAUCGCGAGCGGGAGAUUUUUAUAUCUUUUCUGGGACAAAAGCGAGCGAGACGUCUAAACCCACAUUAUAAGGAAAUAAAUUUUCAGAAUACUUCUUUUGGAAAACUGAUAGUCAGCGCUGUAUCAAGGACAUGGCCUAAAGAUUUUGAGAUUCCUGCAGUAUUUUACCUUUUCCGAUAGACAAUUUCGAUAUAUUAAAAUUCAGACUUGGCAGCGAUGUGGGGGAAUAAUAAAAAAGAAGUCAUCUUGAGACUCAGCAAUGAAUAAUAAAUUUCUUUAAUUUUCUUUUCUUCCCCUAAGCCUCGGUGCCAAGUCUAUAUUUUAAUAUAUCGAAAUUGGUCUAUCCUAGGGGUACCAGCUUUCUGACUGCUGCAAGCUAUAAUCAAUCUUAGCCAUAGUGGCAAUGUAAUCCUUAAAAUUGGGCGCAUUAAUUCUAUGAUAGCCAGAUGCAUUUCCCUGCCACCCGAGCUCUGGCAGGACACCCAAAAAAUUAAGUUUUCUCGGGGAGCAUGCCCCCGGACCCCCAAACAUAUUAACCCUGGCUUGAAGAGCCCCGCCUGGUCCGGCACUCUCAAACUUGCUCCGUCCUGGAUGUUGCCUCUUCGAUAAAUAAAUAUAUGAUGAGAAAAGAGAGACGAAAAAAUAACUGUAAUAAAUUUCUAUGAAGAUAACAUCCUUUUUUCCUUUAAAAACAAAGGUUGUUUACUAUAAUUUGUUUUCUGUGAGUAUUAAUAUAACGAUAUAUUUUUCACCAAUGAAUAAAUGCUCGCAGAAUUUCAGUUUGGUAUCACAGUCUAACCUCCACUAACAGCCACCUCUCCACAAUGGCUACUUUUUUGUCCAGUCUAUACAUUGUCAUAGGCUCCUGCUCUUGUUUAAACCUCUCUACAAUAGAAACGGCCACUGAAGCGUGUCCCAGACUGCCAAAAUAACCCCUCGACAACGGCCGGUUUUUACAGCGAUUGAUGCCGAUAGUGAUAAAAUUUGAUCCCGGCGUAUGGCGUGUUGAUGAUUAAUCGAGGCAAUCGUAUUUUAAUUGUGUUCCAUUUAUACUGCUGCAAAAAACAUAGAUUGUCUACGAUACAUUAUUUAUGACUCAAUUACCGUAUGGCACGAAAUUUUUGCAGUUUAUUUUUACGGAUUGGCGAUUUUUUGUGUUUUGCGGGAACUAAUUUUUCCGAUUAGGAGAGACUGGUUUUUCUUGCUGGGAAUUAAUUUUUGCGAUUUUCAGGAAGUACCCAGUACCCAGUAUUGACAAUAUUUUCGUUUUCAUUGAGUGCGUGUUAUAGAAAUACAUAUUUUCAAACAAUACUACGGUAUGCGUCAGUAUUUCAUUUUAUAGCGCUUUGUUUCUGAACGAAAAAGACAAGUUGUAAUUGAACAGACACAGUUUCUUAGAACAAAAGAAGCAUGGCUGAUUUUAAAGUCAGGAAUAUAUAUCCCAUAUAUUUUUUACCAAUAUUUCGGAAGGCACGGCCUUCCUUCUUCAGGGUCUUCCAUGAUCUUACAUAUAAUGAAAAGGUUUAAGCUAAGACUUUACAAUUUGAAAUAUUUCAAAUCGUAAUGUCUUAGCUUGAACUGGCUUUUCAUUAUAUGUAAGACCCUGAGGAAGGAAGGCCCUGCCUUCCGAAAUGUUGAUAAAAAAUAUAUCGAAUAUAUAUUCCUGACUGUAAUCAGCCAUGCGUCUUUUGUUUUAUAUUUUUGGUCCUUCUUUUUUGUAAGCUUGUCCUUGCUUCAAAAAUACAAUUUCUUAGUACUGUAUUUUUGUGUAGUGAAUUUAAGUUAGAAAAUAUUUACUCUUGCAGUAAAUUUUUGCGGGAAAAUUUUUUGCCGUAAUUUUUAUUUGCGGGAACUUAUUUUUGCGUAUCGCUGAAAAAAAAAAGCAGAAAUCACAAAAAUCAGAACCCACAAAAAUUUCGUGCCACACGGUACCAUAUUUAAGGAUACAGUAAGCAUGAACUUAGCACAAUAAAAAGGUCGUACUCCUUAAAAAAAAUUGUCAUAUUACACCCCUACCUCCCCAUAACGGCCACCCCACCUGAGAGGUUCGACUCCAACCCCCGGCCGAUAGGACUGGGAACGAUAGCCCUAUGUCACUCCUCCCAGUCAGCCCCAUCAAUUAACGGUCCAGGAUGUACCUAGACGCUUCAUUUGCAAAACAUGUCGGCGCGACUUUGUUGUUGUUGGACCAUGGAGGGCUUCUCAUGACGAUUAUCUUUGAAUGAAAUACGGAAACCUUUGUCGCCGAUGAGUUAGAAAUCAAGCGUUGGAUAUUUUGUUUACGUUUGUUGCGUGUUGUCUCGUGCAUCUUUGGUAAAGUGUCUUUUUCAUGUCGGUGAAGUUGUAGCCAUCAUUCCUUUGUCGGUGUUUCUUUCGGAAAGUGUAGGUGUUUUAUUGAACAAUUUGUCGGCCCUCUUCCAGCUUGUCGGCAAUAUAAUCUUACGAUGUUCUUCUUUGAGAGUGCCGCCAUACUUUAAUCGCUGUUGAAGUGCUUUGGAAACCAUAUCUUUCGAAUGCGCGCAUCUCGGAGAACGGUGUACGGUUCUGAUCAAGCCAGUGAUUUAUCAUAGAAAAAGCAACCAAGUCAGUGUGCUAUGGAAGUCGACGAAAUAGGUAAGCACUAUUCUAACUGAUAAGCUUUGGGAGUUAAGAUACUAACUGUGGUGUUUUGGUUUUUGGAAAUUUGCUCGUGUUGCUAACACUCUCUUCAUGUCUUAUAGUCGCUUUGUACGUGUUUUGAGCUGAAAUGGACUAGAUAUGAGUACUAGAGACAUACAGUGUAGCAUGAUACUUUGAUGAUUUCAGCAAAGUAAAUCACGCACAUUUUUUCUGUGAAUGCGCUAAACAGAUGGUUUUCUAAUUUCUUUAUUUGAAGUCCUCUUUACCUACUCGUUGGAUUUCUCUAAUGAGCAUCAUUUCAAAUCUCCAACUUAAGAUGCAUACCUUUUUCGACGAUGCCAUGAGCAGUUUGUCUGAGUUUGUCAAAUGCGAAAGUUUUGUUGUCAGCGUUCUUUUUAUCUGGUCGAACGCAUUUUGUUUUCAUCGAGUAGUGUUUUUGGUAUUCAAAACAAGUUGAAACAGUAGACGGGUUCAUUAAAAGCGGCAAGAAUAAUUUUAUUCCUUUGCAUUUGUCUAUCCAGUCUUUGAUUGUUUCUUUUACAUGGAUUAGCAUUCCAAUGUACCUUUUGCGAUCAGUUUAAAAAAAGGUUUCUGUUUUAUUAGGCUUUGCUUGUAUCGAGAAAUCUACCACAUCAAAUGACAACUUUAUACUUCUUUGGUGCAGAAGUGUAAAGAGUUAUGAUAACAGCUUUUAAAAAUAUUAUAUACAUGUAUAAUGCUUGAGUUUUAGAUUCGUGGUUCCCGCUUUAGAGUCAUCUGAUUGGUUGAAAUAUGGGUGUUGAAGUAAAAAUUAUUUCCUUAUGACCUUAAAAAAAAAAUGCUGUUUGCUAGACUGAAAUGCCUUUAAGUUCUCUCCUAACAGCAAUGUUAAGUAUUCCUGGUGGAAAGCAAAUAAUACUUGACUUUGAAGUAACACUCAAGCAGUAAUGAUAACUUUCAACUAUCACCAACCCCAAGCAUUAAUUUAUGAAAAGGCUUGUUAGUUGUCACAUGUUCCAUGGUCAGAUCAUUCCAAGCCACAUUGUUCCAUUUUAUAGUCAUAUCGUUUCACAGUUUCAGUGUAAAACUCAAUGUGGAGCACGCUUGUUUUGGGUUCUUAGCUCAAAGAAUGAGGUAUACACCCUUGUUUCUGCUUGUGGCUUUAAGGCUCGUGAAAGGUUCUGACUAUAUUGUUGAAUGAUAAAUUGGAAGGAUCUGGCUUGGAUGGUCUGACCAUAGAAUGAAGUGAUGGGAUACCAUGUACGCUACGUCUAUUUGACUGCCUGUUCACUUACUGCUGCAUACAAACACCAGAAUUAACAUUUCUGGAGUUAAAUGAAUAAUACCAAUGUAUUAAUCAGACAUUAUUUAAUUCUUGCUUAGAUGAUAUUUUUGAUAGAAAUAUUGACCAGCUCGAUGUUAGAGAAACUCCAAGGUAAGUAGAUGUGGUUUCUAAUUGUGAUUACGAUAAAUGUAUAGUUAUCUACAUGACCUGUAGUCUGCAAAUAAAAGCUCUUUACAAGUAUUAAAAAAACUGUCUUUCAUCAGUUUAUAGCAGUAUUUAUUUACCGUACUGAUAGUCUGUAAGUUCUAAGAUCAAUGUCCUUUAGCUGUCAGCUCCAUUGAAACAAUUCUUUUGUUUUUAUUUCUUUAAGAAUGAUAAUGUAACACAGUUUUUCAUUAUUUAAAAUCAAGUAGCAUCAGUGACAGCAGCUUGACCUUUUUUCAUUUUUAAAGAUGAAAAUACUUUUUCACUUUAAGUUCAGCCAAAAAUCUCAAACCAGUUCUUUCUUCCUUUUUAUCUUUCUUGAUAACUUUUUUUUACUCUCUUGACCUUUGUGUUUGAUUGAGCAGUUAUGUUACUUGCUUAUAUCAAAACAUGUACCAUAUUUUCCUGAUUUAAUGCCAAUUGCUGAGUAAAGACGUGGCCUCAGAGUAAAAGUUGUAUAUAAGCCCCUCAGUUUUUUUGAUACAAUGAAUAAGACACAUACAUGGGCAUCAAAAACAGGCAUAAAAUCCUUUUCUUUAGAAAGAGCAGGCCCAAGUAAUCAAAGCUUAGGUUCAAAAGGCCGAGUUCAAAAUACCUGUAAACGCUGGGUGUGUGUCUCUCUUAGGGUCUGGUUGUGUGGAGAAAAGCUGUCCAUGGUAGAAGGGUCACCCACCUACCUGAGCUACCCUGGGUGACUCAACCUUUCAUACAUUGCCUUACAACACAAGCAGAACAGUUUACAUGAGAAGCAAAAAUGUUAGCACAGCUAGAAGGGUUGCCCACCUAGCUGUGUUACCCUUUUGUGGUGGUACUGGGUCACCCUCCUAGCCAGGCCAACUUUUCUCCACAUAAACCCUUUGGCUCACCUAGCCGAGUCAAAGGAUGUGCGAGCGCCGUUAGCUCAGGCAAUAAUUGCCCAAGCCAACAGUGCUUUUUCUCAUUUAAACCCCCUAUAAAGGUGCCUCAGCUGGGAGAGUGACCCUUCUAUCUGAGUCAACUUUUUGUAUGAAAGGGGUUCAAGACUUACAAUGUGCAUCAAUUGAAUGUUCGGGUGUGGAAGCCAGUUUCUUACAUGUAAAUGAGUACUGUUGCAGCUCAGGUUAACAGCACAACUAGAAAUGCCCAGUAACCGUUUAAGAAAAAUUGUUUUGCUUGCUGAAAUUAAAUAAAUUCAUGCGCAGCUUGACACUUGUGUUCUGUUUAGGUGGGAGCUGUCAGAAGAAGAGGAAUCUGUAGGAAGUGACGUGGAAACAUUAGUUAAUCAGCAUCAAUCUGCAGUAAGUUAAAAGAGGUCUCUCCGAUCCUUAGACAAGCAGGGCUGGUUGCUUCUUCAGUUUUAAAUUUAGUGUUAAAAUCAAGGCCGUGCUCUAAGAAUAAUUAAAGAGAGCCCAGUACUCUAAGCCUGUGAAAAACGAGCAUACCCCGUGCUUGUUAUUUUUUGAAAUGAAAAACUGUGAUUUUGUAAUCGCUCAAGAGCAAAACAAGGUACCAGGUGCCACUGGAGCACAGCCCUGAAGGUUCGGGUUUUUUGGUUACUUGCUUAACUCUUAUCGUUCCUUCUGGUUCAUUUGCAUUAUUUAUCUGUGCUAUGCCUGGUCAGCAUGUUUUGUUUUACCGCAGAAGCAUAAUACAGUCUAAAUCUUGGCACUUCACAUGCUGGGCCGAGUUGUUUGAAGGCUGAUUAAGGCUUAACCCGGGGUUAAAUUUAACCCGGUUUUCUUUUUCUUGUGUUCUAGAACAUUUUCUCAGAUAAUUUUCUCUGUUUGGGUUUCUGUCAUAAUAUACACUGUAGGUAGAAAUAUGUAACUUGUAGCCCAUAGUUUACAUGUACCUUUUCAUGUGGCAGACCUUGCUUGAGCAUGCAAAUUACCUCUCUCUCUGCGAGAUCACAGUUGUUUGUUGUACAUGAAUAAUUUAUAUGCAGUGUUUUUGGUAGCUUUUGAAGAAGAUAUCAGAGCUAGCCAACUAGAGUGCAAGAGAACGUAGUACUGGCAGCUGCUUUUUUUAUGAAACCACUGAUAAUGACUUUUAACUAGAGCAAGUGUUAGAACCAACAGUUUUGUAAUCUAUGUUUUAGAAGAAAAUGGCAAAUGGCCAGUUACCAAGACAGAAAAUGUCUCCAAGGACUGUUCCCACAUCAGCUCCUCCUACAGCUAGUCUAGGCCAGACUCUGGCCAUGAAACAAAGUAGCCCCAUGUUACAUCCCAGUGUUGCACCAACCCAAAGCCCUGUCAUGAAAAGAAGCACUGACAGUCCUGUUCCUAAAGUAAAUGUGCCUUGUUUGCCACGAAAUACAAGCUCAGGGGGAAGCAUAAAGAGUAGUCCAUCACCAAAGUUGUAUAGACAUCCUUUGGACAAGGAGAAGAUUGAUGCAUUGGUUAAGUCUGCAUACAAAGAGACAAGUGAUUCUGUAAAGGUAAUGCUGGCAUGACUCUAAUAUGUCCAGUCAAACUCAGAAAACCAUGAACAACUUGAACAUUUCAGUAAUUAUGUCAGGGUGAAAAGAAAGUCAGUUUUACCACUUGCUCUUGGGUUAAGCUGUAGCUAGAAUGUACUAGCCCAAGAGUCAUUUUGACUAGCCCAAAAAGAAUUCUUGAUGAACAGGACUAAUGAUAAUUGAUCAAAGUUUAUUGAUAAAUUGCACCACACAUUCACCUGAAGUGUAAUGCAAUACUUGUUUUUACAAAAUUAAUGAUCAACUUGAAAAAUAAGGAUUUUUCAAUUUGUCUUUUAAGACAAAGUACAUGUUUUUCUCAUGCAAUUUUUUUAAUUCCCAAAAAGACUGAGUCUGAGCACGCAAAAUCCACUGGCCUAUUGGACAAGACUUUCUUUGCAUGCUGCAUGAUGAAUAUUGUAUUUUGACCAAUCACAAUUAUGAUCAGAAAAAAUGAGCAAGCCACAAAAGUUCAAACUAACAUUAUCGUUAUUGCUUGUGGUUUAGUUUUCUCACACCUGAUUGGCAUUUCCUUGCAGUGCAAUAACAUUUGGGAAAUCUUUCUGGUAUAAACAGUUUUUUGAGUUUCAGUGUCAUAGUUUAGGAUUUCAAAUAGUCAGUUAUUGUUCCCUUUAUAAUCAGAUAUUUUUUAAAGGAGAACAAUCCACAGUGAUGAUUACAGGACAAGUUGGUCACGCUUUGUGAAUUUUCUUAAAUGAAAUCACAGAGCAUGACAUUGAUAAUAUUUGCAUUGUCAUUUUGGAAGAAAUGUAUUGACUUCGUACAAUGUGACAUAAGCACAGAAGGGCUAACUCUGUGCUGCAAAUUGAAAAGAUGCUCUGUUAACCUUUGUCAGUUUUUAAAUUUCAUGGUUUUGUUCCAUUCAAACUAGGAUUUUGGUGCCAGUGAAAGGGGGCAAAACCCAGUUCAGUUAGGAAAAGGCAAGUCAUUGUCUAACAGGGAAACUCCUGAUGUUCAUGUGUGGGAUGAAGAUGAUGUUGACUCACUAAAGGUACGGUACAGUGACAGUAAUACAGUACAUGUAGCUCUGUUAUCAAAGCUGCUGGUCAUAAGAUAAACAAAGUCAGUGUGUGUUUAUAGAUUUAAUUCUCUUCGAGCAAUAAUGAAUAAUAUUGCUACGAACAAUACAGAGUAGUUUCUAGUUCACCGAUACAUGAAGUAAUGGCUGACAGUUUUCUUCAUGUCUACAUGCACCAAACCUUUAUGUAUGACCCUUAUUUUUUCAGCAAAUUUUAAGUUAGAGACAAAGUUUAUGACAGAGUACAUGUACAUUGUUGUUUGUAGUAUCUUAUACUGAAUGGAUUUGUUCUUGCUGCAUGACUAAAUCUUGAAUGAUUUUUUCAGGAUUUUACAGGUAAUGAUCGUAAGAAGGAAGAAAAAUAUAUGGAAAGAACUGAUGAAGUGAUCUAUCAACGAGCUGCCGAGGAACACAUACGAAGACCUCCUUUGUGGCACGAUGAAGAAGUUGAUUCAGUCAGAGUAAGAACUGGUUUUCCUGGAUUUUUCUAAGGUUUAAUUUAAAUUUUGAUGGGAUUAAGAUUUUUAUCCUUUCUCUUUGGUAUACUUGUGUAUAUAAUUUUAUUAAAGCUCAGAGAAUUGUUUAAAUGCACUAACUUAGCAUAAAUGUGGUACAGUGAUUAUCUAGUACAGCUGUACGGUUGGUAGUCUAUUCGUUGCACUUGUGAAGUGCCUUGUUGUUAUUGAUUUGGAUCCCAACACUGUUUUGAGGGUACCCAUGUUAGAGAGUAGAGAUAAUUUAACUGACAAUGGAGACCUUAAGAUGGCCAAGGUUUGGCCAUCUCUAGUGGUAACUUAUGAGUGGAUUGUUUGUUAUCAUUCAUUUGGUGACUUCUAUUUUAGCUGAUAAAUUGUCUUCAAAAUGACGUUCAGAUGAAAAAGAAUUCCAUAUAAUAUGAUCAAAAAGCAAAAUAAAUUAUUCUAAAUAAAUUGUUGUAUAUCCUCCAAACCAUGUUAUUUUGAAGUUUUUGUGUGCAAAAAAAACCUUGCAGUAAAUCUUAUACUUUGUGCCAUGUAAACUUUCAGGAUUUCAGCCGAACCACUGGUAAACAAGAGCCUACUUCAGGCUUAGCAAGCCAGCAAUUAAGCAGACUUCCCUCUGAUGAGCAUCUCUGCCUUUCUCCACCCUGGAAUGAAGAAGAUGAUGGACCUGUUGGAGUGAGUUAUAUACUGUUAUUUACUAUACGACAUUGGCAUCUACAGUAUAAGUCAUUCCUUGUUCACUUGUGCGUACUCAUCUUGUUCUCAAUCAACUUGUAUUGAAAUUUGCCUUGAACAUUUAGAAGUUUUAAUUCACUUCAAUUUACUGGCAUCCAAGUAACAAUUAUAGUAAUAGUACUAAGCAUCAUGUAAUUAAAAACAUUUCCCCACUGCCAUACCAUAAAGUUUUAUUGGCUUGAUAAUUAUUGAAGGGUAAGAGUCUAUCUGACUAAUUUCAACCUAAUCAGAAUUAUUCACUAAAAAGUGAAAAUGUGAAAAUUUACCUUUCUUCAGUUAACAAUGUUUUUAACACCCAUGUGACAGAGCAUAAGAAGAAUACAUUAUUUGCAGUGAUGCUCUAAUUGUUUUUUUAUAUACGAAGUGUUCUUCCAUCCCCGGGGUUCCUCCACUUUAAUGAAGUUGUCAUUUUCAGGUUUGCAUGUCUUGGAAUUCUUGCUAUUUGUCUUACAUAUUGUUUGAUAAGUUUUGGCAGAUAUAAGAAUUGUUGAAAUUCUGGUACAUACACCUGCAUAAGACAUACCAUGCCUGAAAAACACCUAAGUUUUCUUUCAACUUUGUUCAGUAAGUUGGGGAGGGCAACAUUUGACUUACAGUAAGCAAGGUCAUUUUAAAGUGCAUAAUACUUUUUUUCUUUCCAUGUUUUGAUUCAAUUAUCAAAGAACUAUUUUUUCUCAGAAGACAUAGUUUCCUACUUCUGAAUUUUACUAGAUAGCUGCAUUACAGAAAACAAAAACAAACUUUGUAAUCUCUAACACCAAACACACAUUUGAUGAUGUCAGCAGCUCAGCCCAGUUGUUUUUCUGUUCUCGAAUACCCAUUAGGAAGCUUAAAAUAGUAAUAAGAACGAUGAUGGUGAAAACAUUUCUCAAAAAGUUAAUUCACUCUGCUUCAAAAUUCAACAUUAUGUGUUCCUUGUCCUUCAGCUUGUAAACUGUUGGUGAAUUUUGUCUUGAGUUGAUUUCUAAAGGACUGUGUGUAAGUUUUCCUGUGUUCAUGUCCUCCACAACAUCAAAGAAAGAAGUGUACAAAAAGCAAGAUGCACGUGCAAAGUUGUUGUUUUGCUUAUCUAAACGUAUUGCUUUUAUGACACUUUUAUGUCAUUAUCGUCGUUGCCUGAGCAUCCUUUUAACCACACUUGUGAUUGUGUUCAUUUACAUUUAGAGUUGUGCAUGUCAGUUAACUUAGAAUAGAAAAUUAAUGAAAGGAAAUUUCUGUUUUUUUUUCUUACCAGGAUUUUGUUCCAGUUACUGAACAGCCAGUAGCAAAAAAUUUCAGCAUCAAUAACAUGGUAAUGGAGGAAAGAAUGCGCCAAGCUGGUCAGCAGCCACCUCCCUGGCAUGAACAAGAUGAAGUGGAUUCCACAAGAGUGAGUAAAACAUCUUUUUGUGCUGUUGGGAAAAAUGACCAGUACCUCUCUUCAGUUAUUGGAGUCAUACAGAAAUCUUCAAACUUCUUUUGGUUUUUAACCCUUAUUUUAUACUGUGAUUUGAAGCAUAUUGUUCCAGAAAAUAAUAGUUUAUGAAGUCCCCAAAUGUACCAUAGGCAUGAGUUAAUACUGCUGUAAUGAAUAAAAGAAACAUGAACCGGUUUUCAAGAUUAUUUGCAGCUGUCAUGGCCAACCCAAUCCCUUUUAUACGUACAUCCGUUUAUCCAUACUUCAAGAUAAGAUUAAGCUUUUUCCUAACAGGCUUAUGGUGUGUAUGAUGUAAGUGAGAAAGUGGUAAGAGCAUUCAUCUCCCACCAAUUUGGCCUGGGUUCAAAUCCUGAUGUUGACAUCAAAUGUGGAUUGAGUUUGUUGUUGGUUCUCUCCCUUGCCUCUCUUCUCAAAAAACAACAAUGCAUUUCCAAUAAUUAUUCCAAUUCAAUCUGGAACACAGGGACACCUUUAAAAAAGGAAUUAUUAAGAACUCAUAAGUGUUUCGUGGGUAAACAAUAUUAUUACAGUUCAUAUAAUAUUGUGCAGCAUGUGUCCACUUCAUAAUAAUCCAUCAUUCCACUUUGAGUUGUUUUGGCUGUGUCGUGUGACAGUAUUUGACUGAGGGAAGAAGAAGUAGUCAGUUUGACUUCUGUAUCAGGAGUUGAAGAAACUGGGGGAUUCUACCAAGUUUUGGGUGUUAUCAGAGAUUAUGGAUAAUUCUGCAGCAAAGCUACAUUUACAAAUGUAAUUUGGUGCUCAAGUAAUGUAUUUGUGUAUUUAGGACUUUGCUGCACAGUAUCGUAAAACAAGAUCAAUGGAAAACUCCAGGCGACCAUCAGAGGAGAAUAUUUACUUGACACCACCUUGGAUGGAGGAUGAGCAGCAAUCUUGUGGGGUAAGUCCAUCGGUGUUAAAAAAUGAUAAACUAAAUAAUUCAUAAUGGAAAUAGUGAGUAUACACUCAUCUAUAGCAGUACUUAUGGUGCCUACAGUGAUUUUUUACAAGAACUGAGUUAUUUCUUGAGCACCACUGUAAACUGCUACUUAAAGGCCCUGGGCGUACAUGUCUUCGUAACAGGUUUUAGGAGGGCUUAUAAACAGAGGGGCUUAGGACGAGAUUAUAACCGGAAUAGAAAAAGUGCUUCGAAACAAGCUACAAAAAUAGAAUUGCUGAUCAAAAUAUGUUUUGUAUGCCCGUCGAACCUCGAUUAUCAGGACCUUGAUUAUCUGGACUUUUCGAUUAUCUGGUCUUUCGAUUAUCCUGACUAUUUACUCAAGUCCCACUGUACUGGCUUUUAAUUAAGCUUGAAAACUUCUCAGAAAAUCGAAUUCAUUUCAAUAAAAGCCUGGGAGGGCGGUGUUGGGGGGCUCAUAAUUGGCUGUAUUUUUUUGUUAACAGGUAGGUGAACCUAUAUCUGGGAGAGUGGGGUAGGGGGCGCUUAUAAAUGACAGUUAUUUGGCUGGGAAAUAUGAUCUGUGAGAAUGUAGGCUAUGGAAGUGAUGUAAUAAAUGUCACAAUUUGUUUCUCUGUCUUUCGCAUGUUACUUAACAAUAAAAUUAGCUUGCUAGAAGUGGAUGAAUAAUUUUAAAGCAAUUAGACAAUAAUACUGUUUGCCACUCUCUGUACAGUCAUGGUUCAUACCAUAGAAACCAUUCUGUGGUGGCUUGUGAUUCCACUUGAGUUUUGAACAUUUCCUACCAUGGGCAAUGAAAAACAUUAAAUGGCUGCUUAUUUGUUAGAUGGUUCUAUUUUAUCACUUAAAGCGUCAGAGCUUGAUACAUGUAAGAUUUCUGCUCUAUUCCUGUCUUGUGGAGGGGUGUCCAUUGUCCUCAGGAAUAAUUCAAGUAGGGAAUACAGUGGUAUGCUAGUCUGUUUUUCGUCUUUCGUAUUUCAGCACUUUAAUAUUCUACUGUUUUUUACAGGGUCGAGCAGGAUUUGAUCAUUCCGCAUCAAAUAGGUCAUACCGCAUGACCCUUGAAGAGCAGAGAGCCAUUGAAGAGGAAGCAAGAAACUUAGGGAUGACAGAAGCUGAAGAUAAAGUUCAGGCGCUCAGGGAGGAAAAAGCCAAAGAAAAAGUUCAUCCUGGAGUAGCAGCUCCAGUACCUGGCAGAGACAGUGGCUUUGGUAGCGAACAGGAUCCCCAUACUCAUGAAGCCGGACAAGGUAAAGAUUCAUGCGUCAAUUCUUUCUCUACUUAUAUUUCCAUUAAAUUGAUCUAGAAAAAAAUUCUGAAUCAUAGCAUGGGCUUUUUAAAGUACAAUAAGUAUUUUGCACAAGUCUUGUGUAAUACCCAGAAACUUCUGUAUUCUUUCACUAAACUGGCCAUUAGCCAACUUUCUACGUACAGUUGUUUAUUUGAGUUUUUUGUGAGGGAAAAAGUGUGUUCAAUCUUAAACGAUUGUGGGAUAAAUUCCUUCCGGUCCAUCUCUGAUUCCUUGUUGUAGGUUUAAACGCAAAAUUAAGACCGAAAAUUUGGUUCUGUCCAUUAACUUGAGAAAGCUAUUUUACAACCUUAGAUAGGUUGAAAAGCUGACGGUUGGAGUGACAGCCCUUCGUCAGUGCGAAUUUAUUAGAUGCAGCUCCUCACUGUCUUUAGAAACUAACCCUUCAUUCAUUUUUUUAACAGGUCCACCCAACAGUGGCGUCUUAACCCAAGGAGUUGCGAGCAUCACUAAGGAUGUUAAAACAGAUCCCACCAUAUCGAAACCUCUUUCUGUUGUCAGUACUAAUGCAAAGCAUAAUAUUCUGCAAAGCAUUAAGCCAGCAGCUACACAGACAAAGAUGUCAACUGUCGUGAACCCAGCUGACGACAUCGGGCGUGUCAAUGAACCAUUGUCCAGCAACAGAGAACGGCCGCAUAGGUGCACCACAGCCCCUCAAGAGAUCAGACCAGGCUUGGCCACAGGAAACCCAACUGGCGGGGAGUCUGCUGCCACUCAAUCAAGAGGUAUGGCGAGAAGCGUGAGUCAGACCAGCGUGGAAGCAAUAUGUUAUUCACCGCAUGACGCGUUGGAAGGCUUGGAGACGUCCAGCGUGGUUAGUUUUGCCAGCACUGCUGCUACACAUCAUGAUCUUGACACGCGGAUUGACAUGGUUCAGUCACUCUUAUCCAUGCUAGGAACACAUGAUAAAGACGAUAUGUCCCGGACUUUGUUAGCUAUGUCCAACAGCAGAGACAGCUGUGCCGCUAUGCGGCAGUCAGGUUGUUUACCUCUUCUUAUUGAUCUACUCCAUGGCAAAGGCAUUGCUGACAAAAAUGCGCGUCGUGAGGCUCGGGCGCGAGCUGGCUUGGCGCUACAUAAUAUUGUUUACUCAAAUGUGGAAGAUAGGCGUGGACGUCGCGAAGUUCGAGUUUUAAGAUUGUUGGAAAUUGCUCGUGCGCAUUGUGAUGUGAUACAGUUCAAAGGACUUCCCGUGCAUCCUUGCGCGGAACGUUGGUAUCCACCUCUAAGGGAUUAUGGGCCAGGACCUGCCGUAGCGGCUCUUAUGAAGCUUUCGUUUGAAGAAGAUCAUCGCAAGGCCAUAUGCGAGCUAGGAGGGCUUCAAGCUAUUGCAGAACUAUUACAAAUUGAUCAUCAAAUCAACGAACACUGUAAAGAUUUCUACAGCAUCAGUCUGAGGAAGUAUGCGGGUAUGACACUUACAAACCUGACUUUUGGCAACGUCAAGAACAAGAACCUUUUAUGUAGUAUUCCUGGUGCUGUGGAAGCCAUAAUAGCUCAGCUGAACACUGUUGAAGAAGAAGAGAUCAUUCAAGUCUCUGCAAGCGUGUUGAGGAAUCUCUCCUGGAGAGCCGAUGAACUUUGUCGCAAGACCUUGCGUGACGCUGGUGCAAUCAGUGCGCUGUUAUCCGCGGCGCAAGCAGUUCACGGUGAGCCCGCGCUCAGAACAACACUCAGUGCUCUGUGGAACCUGUCAGCUCACUGUUCGGAAAACAAGUCGGAAAUAUGUGCAGCUCCUGGUGCACUGAAAUUCCUUGUCAAGUGUUUGAAAUAUUCCAGCCCAUCUGGAAAUAUCUCCGUGGUAGAAAGCAGUGGAGGGAUACUGAGGAACCUUUCAUCUCACAUCGCUGUGCGACCAGAUUACCGCAAGACUCUCCGUGAUUGUGGCUGUUUUCAAGUGCUACUGUGCCAUCUUCGUUCGUCGAGCCUCAGGGUUGUUAGCAAUGUUUGCGGCGCCUUAUGGAAUCUGUCAGCCCGGUGUUUGGAGGAUCAAGAGCUUCUGUGGGAACUGGGAGCAGUUUCGCUCCUCAAAUCUCUCGUCAAUUCUAAGCAUAAAGCCAUCUCGCAAUCAUCAACUGCCGCCUUGCGCAACCUCAUGGCUGUUAAACCUUCAAGUUCCACCGACAGCGAGUCAGUUUCUUCUAGAGCAGCAAGACUUAACCGAAGCAUGCCCGCAAACAUGCGAACAGCGGCAGCUCAAGCACAAUUGAAAAGUGACGUAGCAAGGUUGAAAAAUCGUUCACCUAGAGCCCAGUCUCCGCAGCUUCAAGUCCAAGGUACCCAACAGUCCCUCACGGUGAACCAGACUGUCAAGCGAAACUACGAACCUCCAGCCUACGAUGUUGCUGUGAGUAACAUUCAACAAAGCAUGGUUUCCCAGUCAAUUUAUCCUCAAGGCCAAGCUGUCCAGCAAGGCGAGUCAUUCUUCCCAGGUGUUACAAGGCAGGAUAUUGAGGUAGCCGCGAAUCAGAAGCAGGCGUCAUCAAGAAAGAAGACUGGAUCAUCAGGAUCUCUCGCUCACUCAAGCUCUAGCUCCAACCAUGGCGUGGCCGCCGCUGGUCAGGAGGAAGAAACCAGUGCUGCUCUCAUACGUACAAGAUCAGAUAUUGGACCCAGGUCCCUCGCUGGCAGACAAAGAAGAGCAAAGGCACGUGGUGGUGACUCCAACAGUGUCGGAAACGGAGCAUCUUUUGACGGUCGAAAUAACGCGCAUUUUAAGUGGAGUCAAAGUAACGAUUCUUUAUCCAAGCAUCGCAGACAGCCUCACAGAGAUAUGAGCUGUAAGAAGGAACAUGACAGGCUUGAUGGUGACCAGCGUUGCUUAGGACCAGCUUCAGGACCCCGACCCCAUCAUUCCAGAUCAUCCAGCGAUGGUUGCGCAGUGAUUCCAUUGCUGAGUGAUUCAUAUCCCCUACACGUAUCACACAAGCCCAAGAAGACUGAAAGUUUAAAAGAAAAGGAGUCUGUUGCAGAACGGUCUGUGUUGUCUCGGAUCAGGAAUGCGGUUCAUAAGAAUACAGAAAGGGGUGUUGGACACGCCCAGCUGUCAGUACCUCAACAAGGGGACGGCAUGUCUCUUAUUUCGCCAAGCACUGCGCGGAGGCUCAAUCAGUGGACCAACAGUGAGUUUGGAGAAACCUAUGAAAUGGCGGAGUUAAUUCCAAAGGAAGUAAAUGAAGUGAGAUCGCGACAAGCACCAGAUCAGUCCAGUUCAUCACGACCUUACAAAAGGAGCGCGCAAAAAUUCAAAUCUUACCGCGACUCGGACUCUGAGAUUGAUUCCGAGGUAGAAGUACACUUAUUCGGACAAGCUCGGAAACCAACGGGAUACCCCGAAGCAAGCAAUGCUUGGAUUCAAAACGGAAAAUCGGAAGUCAAUUCUCAUCGUUCUGCGGACACUGAAAGCGUUGCCUCGUCGACCUGCAGCUGCGAACACGUUGAAAACAUCUGGAUUCGCCGUCCAGAAUCCAAAAGCUCAAAGUCCACUUGUGGGAAAUGUAGUCGCCCGCGAAAAGGAAAGAGUUCAGAGAAAAGUGCUGUUAAUAAGCCGAUGGUGAAAAGCAGACGAGAUUCUACGGAUUCUCCAAUAUCAAGUCCGAACUUUCAUCGAGUGUUUCAGAAAUCAGCUGGACGAGAACAGAAGAACGCAGAGAUAUUGGAUCCUAGCAAAAGAGGAGUGAAAGUUACAUCGCUAUGA